GCUCAUUAUUUACCGUCUACACUCUGAGAGGCUGCGCUGGAGAGACGCUCCUGACGCAGAUCUGCUUUGGACCCUGUUGUGACUGCUGGAGUACAGCUGCCGGCGCGGGGGGUGGGUGGGGGGUGUCUGUGUAUUGACAUGUAAAGUACUGGGUGACGCUUCAUGCGCCAACCUUCACUCCUCAGGUGAAUCUUCCACACCUACAGGCUGUUUUUGUUUCUCUCACCGCGGCUACAAUUGUACCAGGUUUUGUCUUCUCUCACCUCGCCGCUGACGCUUGGAUGUUCGUAAAACGACGCGCAUGCGUUGCUCUCGGAAUAAUUUUGCAGCCUAAGUUGCAUCUCUGAGAUCUUUUUGUGAAAGCAGCUGGCAGGAUCAAGAGUUAGUGAUGUGGAGGACUCUGGGUCGCGGGUGCUGGGGGGUCUGCUGCUUGUCCCUGCUGGCGACUGUGGUGUGCGGGGCGCAAAGGUGAGAAUAUCAUGUGUCAUGUCUGUGUCAUACAUGAUCAACGUGUGGUUUCUUCUCCUGUGAACCUAAAUGUGUUUCCCUGCUCAGUGCCAACGAGCCCAGCAACAUGUCAUACGUGAAAGCCACCGUGGACAAGCUGCUGAAGGGCUAUGACAUCCGUCUGAGGCCUGAUUUUGGAGGUAAAGCCCCCUCCUAGCCUGCUGUGCUCAUGCAGCCUUAUUAACAUGUGCUAUGAUACUCGCUAACACUCCGCUGUCAUGUUUCCCACAGGCGCCCCCGUGGAUGUUGGCAUGAGCAUAGACAUAGCCAGUAUUGACAUGGUGUCUGAAGUCAACAUGGUAAGUUUCUCUCCUUCCCCUGUCUCUGAAUGCGGAGCAGAGUGACAGACAGAGGCGUCAUCCUCCGAAAAAAGAAAUAUAAAAACAGGCUGCUUUCAAAUCGGUGUCAGUCCGGUUCGCCGAUGUGCCUGCUGCAGCGCCGCUCCUGAAGGAAGCUAAAAAGAUCCCCUCCUCACCUCCUCCUCCUCCUCCCCUCUCCGCUUCCCUUUUCAGCACCAUGGAGAGAUCCGCAAUGUGUCAAAGCCAAUCCGUAUGCAUCAAGUACUUCCCCUGUGGUGUCACAACCGGCAGAGGAAGGGCAUUAACAAGACCGAGAGAAGGGGCGUGUGUGUGUGUGUGUGUGUGUGGUGUGGGGGGGGGGGGGGGGGGGGGGGGCGCUUAGUGAUUCCACGCACACGUCUGCGGGCUCAGCAUGCGUGAAGCGCCUGCGGCAGCAGCAGCGGUCAGGGAACGGACACAUGAGAGGACAGACAGGAGGAGGAAGAAGAAGACGUAUGUGAGCGAGUUUUGUCGGUAUUUUGGCCUCGAUGCAGUAAUUACAUAACGGCUGUCAGUGAGUCAACAGGAGGAGGGAGCCCAGUGGAGCAGAGCGUCUGCAGAAUAUGAUUUGACCACUUAAUACAGGCUAUCAAUGCUGCUGCAGGCUGCACAGGGAAUAUACACAUAUCAGUGUUAGCGAAAGGAGCUCUGUGAGGUCAUGGCUGUGUGUGUGUCUGUGUGUGUGCUUGCGUGCGUGCGUGUGAGGGAGAAACUUGGGUCAGACAUGAGCAACACAGCGAGCUGACUUUCAUCCUGGUCAUGCUCUGCUGCAGCUUUUCAUGCAGACAACUCUGAUGAACUGAGCUUCACUUAAAACCCAAACACCAUGGGAGUUUGGAUAUGGUGUGAAAUGUUAAUAACAGCUGAAUUUCAUGGUUUUUAAAUCAUAAAAUCAAAAUAAAAAGAGGACAUAUCAGAUGUUGAAACUGAACAUUUUUAAAUUUAGGGUCAGAAACAUGUAUUUAAAGGUUGUUGCAGGGUUAUGCUUAACAUGCCUCUUCUAUCACAAACACUCUGUAAACUUAAAGUGAACCCAAGAGACUAUUUUUCCGGAGUUUGGGAGGUGGAGUGUCGUCCCAUUCUUGCCUGAUAAAGGAUUUCAGCUGCUCAACAGUUCGGGGGCGCAUUGUUGUAUUUUUCUUUUCAAUGGUCAGGACUGCAGACAGACCAGUUUCUCAGCAGGACCCUUCUCCUACAGAGCCAUGCUGUUGUAAUCCCUGUUGCCGGAAUGUGGUUUGUCAUGGUCUUGCUGAACUAUGAAGGCCUUCACUGAAAAAGUCUUUGUCUGGAUGGCAGCAGAUGAUGCUCCUAAACCUGUAGAUAUUGUUCAGCAUUAAUGGAGCCUUCACAGAUGUGGGGAAGUACCUCUCAUGAGUGAUGGAUGUAGUGUCCAAGAUUUCCGAAAAAAAAAAAAAAAAAGGAAACAGUGAAAUUGUGAUCUGUCAUACUGGAGACAGCUUGUUUCUAUCUGGUUUCCUUUUUGUGUGGUUCACUUUUAACCUCAUUUUUGGAUGCAGUGAUAAACUGUGUUCACAGACAAUGGUUUGUCAAGAUGAUUUAGAGCCCAUGCAGUGAUUUCUACUCCAGAGUCCUGUCUGUUUUUAAUGCAGUGCUGCCUGAGGGCCUGAAGAUCAGGGCCAUUGGGUCUUGGUUUUAGUCCUUGUCCCUUUGGUACAGAGAUUUCUCCAGAUUCUUUGAAUCUUUAAAUGAUAUGAUGUUCUGUAGAUGAUGACAUGUUGACAUUUGACACUCAGGAACUUUAUUCUAAAACUGUUGAACUGGUCGCUCACACAGUCUCUCACAGAGUGGUGAACCUCUUCCCAUCUUUCCUUCUGGGAGACUCAGUCUCUCUGAAUGUACUUUUUAUACCCAGCCAUGUUACUAACCUGAUGGAAAUUCACCUAAUCAGUUGGAGAUGUUUUUUUUAGCACUAAAAAACUUUUACCUUUUUGUUUUUUCCUCAAUAAGAACUUUUUCUAAUUACGUUGCUGGUGUCAUAUCUAAAUCGAGCCAUGAUUUUUUAUCAAACUUCAACAUUUUUCUGUUUGAUACAUUACUUUUGCACUAUAUUUGGUUCCAUAUAGAGUCUAAAUGAUUUGAAAACCAUCUAAUUCUCUUCUAAUUGACAUGUUCCAGCAUAUCGACACUCAUGGCACUGGUGUUGUUUGUCUGUCUAAUUAGCCCCCCUUCUUAGGAGACUUUGCUGCUUUGAAGGAGAGUUUCUUGAUCUAUAUUUAGACUCUCUUUAGAUCCACCAUGCAUCACAGUUACAGAUCAUUUUAAAUGGACCUUUUUCUGCUUUAUAGCUGACUCUAGACUGAAAACUAUUGAAUUUUCACCACAUUUUACUUUUGAGUUUUGUACCUAAUUGAUGUUGAAUUAUGUUAAUUGGCAUUUGUCACAUGAGCCUGUAUCUGAAUUAACCUCAUCUACACAUUAAAGUAGAGUGGAGUUGACUUGUCCCCUAUUUUUGACAUAAUAGCAGGUUCAGGCUUAACCAGUCAGUGGAAACAGGCUACCCUCAACAGGCAUCUUCAGGGUGCAGUUCAUCCUGUCCUGCCUCGUGUCACUAUAUCCAAACAGAUACAGUGGAUCAUGGAUAUAAAGACAAUCUCAAUCCUAAUUGGCUAUCGUAGUGCAGUAUCAUACAACUUCUCCUCCAUCCACUGGCUUUAGUUAAAAGUUAAAGCAUCAACCAGCACAGGACAAACCCAGAAGUCAGAUGCCAAAUCAACCCAAAAACAGCUGAUUGAUUUUCAAAAAAAAAUGCACUGUGUUGACAUCAGAUGGUUUUCCACUUAACUUCAUCACCAAAUGUCAAACUGGGCGUAGCCAGGCCAAAAGUAAGAUGGGCAGAGGUUUUCAGAAUUCAUCACAGAGGAUGUAGAAAGCCAGUGAUUCUGUAUGUAAAAUGAAGUUACGGUGCCCUUUAAGGAUGAGAAGCUCCUCUGAUGAUAAAUCUGAUCCCCCAUUUGACAAGUUUACCAUCAAUAAAAUCUGUGCCCAACAACAAUCUCUCUUUUCUUCUUCUUUAUCCUUCAACCACACCAUUUUUGGCUACUACUCUCCAAACACGAAAGUGCAAAUGUUUCAAGUUUGGCUGUUCUUUGCUGCCAUAGAAAAAUGGCAAUGAAAGAUGGCAGCCAUUUGAAAAAAGGCCUGCUCCACUACAGAUAUAAAGUCUCACUCUGUUGUUUUUAUAAUCAGGUGAUUUUAUACUAAUUCAAACAGUUAUGACUAUUCUGUUCCACUUCUACAGAGUCUGUUUCAAUCUGGAACUCGAGGUUGGAUUUUAAGUGUCAGACUGAACCUUCCAGUAGAAUGGUCUCAAACUCAGACUUAGCUCUAGCUCCAGAGCAGCAGUGCUGGGAUAGUUACAGGAGUUUAGGUAACAGAAUGGUUUCUGUAAAUACCAGCUUGACUUUAAACAGCAAAUGGUUCUCAAAACCUCUCGCAGUGUUUGUGUGCAGAUUCAUGCUCCUUAGAGGAUGAGAAGCUUCAUUAAUUUGAUUGAAAUUCAUAUUAAUGUAUUAUUUAACUCCAAAAGUUUGAUUUUGACCUCGAAAAUCCUCCAUUUCAUAUCAAAUGAUGUCAAAUUGAAUUCCUUUCCUAAUUGCAAGUCUUCUGUGUUGUGGUUUGUGGUAUCUGCUGAUGCACCAUGAACUGUAGUAGUAAGUCUGCAGCCUGUUUCAGGACUCAACCUGCAUCCUGGUUUACAUUUACAGCACAUACAUAAGCCAUCUUCACAUGACAGAGUGGUUUUGUCUGGUAAAUGCACACAGUGUUAGGGGAGUUAAUGACGGGCUGUCAUGGUGAGCUCAGGUUAUGAAUUGUUUAGCAGCUUGGAUCAGAGCAGUGAGGGCUGACUGUGUGGAGUUUGCAUGAUCCAUCCAGGUACUCUGCCUUCACUCAACAAUCCAAAGGCAUGCUUGAGACUCAGAACUGCAACCCUGGACAAUCACAGGCUGAAUCUGUAUAUCUUUGCAAAGAUGUUUAGGUUUCCAGUCUGGCAUUUUGGAUGCAUGGCUAAUUUGUCUGACAGGCAGGUACAGAGUAGCUACAAGAGGCUAAAUGCCCCCCUUAAACUGCACCUCUAUUUUGCCUUUGGGAGGUUGACUGAAAGCAAGCUUGAGUCAGCAUUUCCAAUAUGGAGACCUCUGCUGAUAGGCUGCUUCAAAACUCUGCUGCAGAGACAAAGGGUGACGUCAUGGAAAUGUCACUGACAAUAAUUAUUUUAUUUAAUUCUUUAAAGAUAAUUACGACCAAUCCCAAUCUAUUGAAGCAGUGCGAACCCAGAGUGCCCAUAUUUCAAAGAGGCGAUGAUGCCUAACACUUCUACUUUUCCACAGUUAAAAGAUCCCCAUGGAAGGAUCUGGCUGGAUCCUCAAAUAUAUCCAGAUUUACAGAAUCAAAACCUACAAAUGUCCUUGCAUUUUUUUUAUUUAUUUGUCCUGGAAGAGUACAAAAACCUCCAAAAUUGAAGACAGAGAAUCACUUUCAAAACAUUCAUAUUUAGAUUUCUUAAACCUAAAUGCACCUAUACAUGCACCAAUGCACCAACAGGCAUAAAGGGUGAGCACUUGAAUCCAUUCUUCUCCAACAGCUGGAGUCCAUACUGAAAACAGGAAAUCUUGCAAACCCCUGCAGUUAAACAAAACAUUUGGGCAAACAAACAUAACAGACCAUGUGCAAGAAGAAUUCAUGACAAUUUCACAAACUCGUUAGACUCAGUAAAAUAACAUCCAGUUGUUACCUCACUAAGGCAAAUCACUGCAAGAAAACCACAAAAAUAAAGCCCAAAGUGGUCUGUCUCUGUCAGUCAUGAAGAGCUUGUAUGUGAGGUGCACUGCAGAGAUCAGCUGACGUCUUCUUCUCGCCUCUCCUCCCUCAUUAUCUGCUGAUCCUCUCUCUUUUUCCGCUUUGUCUCACACAUCUUUUGCAGCUCCCAGCCACCAUUUCUCAGUCACCUCUCAUCUGCAAGGACACACUGCAGCUCCUCAAAUAACUUUCAUCACACUCCCCCAUGGUGGGCUGCACUCCAUUGAUCUCACCUCUGAUGGAGGAGAAUGUGUCUCCAUCACCAUCACUGCAUCUUAUUGCACCUUUAUUAUACAAAGUAACACCGACUCAGAGUUGAUCCUGUCACUCAGGGAGCUUUCUCUUUCUCUUGCUGUAGGCUUGGUUUCUGGCCACUAGCUGGCUUAAAGGCUGCCGUCAGUCACAUGGUGCAAAGGUGUAGCUACUGCAGGUUUUAACCAGAAUAUCUCCACCCGUAACAACUAUGAAGAGAUUUGUCUGGCUCAUGUAUGUGCAGUAAUCAUGUUUUUACCAUCACUUUUUAGAGCUGUGAAAUAAGAAAUGCUCUCUUAGUUUGUCAAUGAAACUUUUUUGUUUUCACAUAGAAAAAGGGGAGUUAAGGUCUGCUGUUCAGAGGCAUUCAGGAAUAAAGGUGAACAUUCAAAAUAACACUCUUUAAAGAGAAAAGCUUUCCUUUGAUUGGCCACUGGAAGUGUAAAUCUCAUACUUGCAACAAUAUUUUGGUUUAGUUUGGAGGUCAUAGUUAAGGCUGCUACAGGGACUUUUGGUUUUUGUCAAUUUUGGCACCCCCUGUGGUCAUAGAUGUGCAUAUUACCUUUUACUGGUGUUGACCUGAACAAGCCAUGGCAGAAUUUUCUGACCUCUAAUCUCAUGCAUUAAUAGGCAUCACUUUCAUUUUGAGUCUAUAUGGAAACCACAGGAGCUUUAAAGUAAUCCUUACAUCCACACAGCGCCACCAAACAUGGUUCAGCUUCAGUCACAACUUCUUGAGUUUUGAGGUAUCCUUUCUUGUCCUAUCUAAAUCUAAAAGUAGUUGAGUACUAUCCUGCAAAACAUUGGUAUUUGGUUUAGUCCCACCAGGUUGUUAAAAAGUGCAAUUCCCUCUAAAUUAAAGACAUGCAAAUAUAUUUUUAAUGUUUUUUGCCAUGUUUUAGUUUCAGCAGUAACUUCCCUGUGCUUCUGGACUAUCUUUGCACCAGCAGUGCUGCCUGUUGGUUGUUUAUGCACAAAAUAAAAUACUCCCUGGUGCUAGACUGAAAAGCAAGUAAGCGUCUCCCCUGCUGGUUCCACGGUUGGUUGUUUCUUGAGCAAAUUAACAGAGAGAGAGAGAGAGAGAGAGAGAGAGAGAGAGAGAGAGAGAGAGAGAGAGAACAGAGAGGUGAAGUGCUAAAUCAGUGGAGUAGUCUUUGAAACAAAACUUACAAAAAACUUUUCCCCCUCUUUGCACCUCCUUUGGUACCCUGAUCUGAUGAUUUGACUGUUUAUCCAUUGACAUCUCUGAAGUUAUGGCAGUUAAAAUCCACACCAGUGCAGCUGUCUUUUUUGUGCAAGCAGCUGGGCCUGGAAAUGAAGUCUUGAGUCAUGGAAACUCAAGUGUUGAAAGGGCCAGGCUUCAUUGGAUGAACCUUUUUUAGUCGUUUCUCAGCAGCAGCAUUUAAAGCCAGAGAAUCUUGAGAUUUGUCUGCAUUGUUUUGGGUUUUUCUUUUCAAUAGUUACAGAUAUAUGGCAUUAGUUAUAAAGUCUAAACAAAUAUGGCCCUCUGUCAACAGGACACUCGGUUAUUUGAUGUAUUAAUCAGAGGCCACAGGAACAGGGGUGGGGUGGGGGGUGGGGGGGCAGAUGCUCCUCUCUGGUGGUAUUUCUUUGAACGCUCACUCACAAACAUGCUUCUUCUGCCCGCCCUGGCUCCAGCUUUGUGGAGUUCAUUGUAGCUUCUGGAACCUGCUGAAUGAGCUUCAGUGAUGUCCCUGAGGCUGCACAGAGGAGAGGAUCAAACUAUUAGCCGCCAAAUUUUAGAGUAUGAGAAGGCUGCCAGAAGUAAACGUGGCUGCUGCAGCUGGCCAUAGGAAACACUGGCAGAAAGUGAGGCAUGUGGUCGCUCCUCUUCUUUAUGACUAAUACAGAGUUUUUAGACUGUAGUUAAAAGGCACCAAUACUUGUGAAGGUAUCUUGUGAGCCUGUGGACAGCCUUUCACCAAGUGUUAAGCUGGGUUAGUCUGGAUAGUUGAGAGUCUAAAUUCUUUAAAAAUACAGCUUGCAUCUUGUUUGACCCCAAAAUAUUAGAGCCAUUUAACACACCUGACAAGGCAGGUGAUAUAUUUAGAUUUCUAUCUUACCACUGCAGCUACAGGGAUAAUCGUGUUCAAUUGUUUUUACUAACCAAAGUAUAUUAAUGAUCUGUUUUAAGGUCCAACCCACUGUAGUGAAAUUCAAUGUCGUCUAAUUUGGCUCCUCUUUCCUCUGAGCAGCAGUCUGAGCUUUAAGACAGUCCUUCACAUGGCUGAUCCCCAAUACUUCCAUUUUUACUGACGUUAAAGCAAGGAAACAUUAUUUAAGAGAUUUAAGAUCUUGGAUUUCACUCCUUCAUUAUUGUCCUCACUUUAUUCCUGCAGCAUCUGGUCUAAAGUGAGAAGAGUCUCCGCCUUGCUUUUGUCAACAUUGCCCCAGUCUUGUGUUCUCAGCUCAGUGAGUUUCAUUUCAGUGAAUCUGUUUGAUUUUGAAAUGAAGCUAAAACCUUCUGCCAGAUGGUGGAGUCACUGGAAAGAAUGGAGAGGCACUGUAGAUACUUAGGAGGAGUUAGAAAGAGAGGGUUUAUCCUCAGGGAACAGGAAUAACCUUGUCAUGUGUUAUGGGACGUUACACAGAUUAUUCUUCAGUAAAAGUAUCAUUGGGGUGGUUUGCUGUGGAGGAAGGAUUCAAAUGGUCCCAAGAAUUAGUAUAGUUUUUCAGUAUGUUUGUGUCUUAGCAGGUUUGUGAACUCUGUGAGGUUUUAUUUUACCCCAGCAGGACCUCCUUUCUUACAUGCCCAAUCUACAAAUGUAUCAGCUAUCACCUGACAAUAAAGCAUGCCUCUGGAAACAACAGAUAGUUUUUUCUGUAUUUUUGGUGUCAGGGGUCAGAAACAGACUUGGAUGUGCUGGAGCAUUUACAAUCUAGUCAACCACUUUAGAAGAGUCCAUGUGUUCAAAUAAAAACAUGUCAUCUGAUCAUACAAAUGUCAUCAAAAGUUACUUCAUAGUCUUUCUCGUCACUUUUGACCCCAUUUGCCUCUGUGGGUCAGCUGAUGAUUAUGCAGGGAAAUGUUUGAGCAGCUGGAUCAAACUCAUAAGCUAGUCCUUAUAAGCUACGCAAACCUAUCCUCCCAAUUCUUCGGCAUAAGUCAGACAGAAGCGAUCACGAGGCUUUACUUCAGCAGUUCAAUGGACAAAGAAGCUGAUUUCUGUGAUUUUCUUGUAUUUAUAAGGGCUUAAGUUACUAACACUGAUAAACCUGAUAGGUCCAUCUUUAAGAAGAGGAAAAAACAACAAUGAAAACUCAGAUCAAUCAUUUAUUUAGUCAUAUAAAGGCAUGAUUGACGAUCUGAGAAUCAGUUGAAAAAAACUGAGCCGUUGAGGCAGAUUUGAAGAAAAGCGUCCCACCCCCCACACACAAACCUCUCCCCUCUGUUCUCCAUGAUAACUCCCCUCCAAACCUGCAUCGCCCUCCCCAUGACACACCCCCUCUGGCAGAGCAAGAAGCCAGCCGGCAGAAGAUCCUACGCUAGCUUCAAAUAGGAUUCACCAUGUCGGAUUGCUAGUGACUAGCAGUAGUAAACGCCAGCUCUGCUAGCGAGCACCGUCUGCAGCUGCCUAGACAGCUACCGUGUUUUCAUUGCAGAAACUAAUAAGAGUUGUUUAUGAAACAUGUGCCAUGAUAAAAGGCAAAAAUUACCUGCUUAACAAAAACUCUGCUGUCUGUUUUCAGGCCCAAAUCCUGGUUGAGCUUUCUCCACCGCUCGAAUGUUUAUUCGAGUUAGAUUCCUCACUUGGUCACAUUUGCUCUUCGUCUCUGCCAUAGACUGUAUAUAAUAUGGACAGAGUCUGCCUCCUUGCGGGGUGAAACCACUCCAAGAACAGCACCCUCUGUUGACGGGCUGCAGUAUAGGUCGUAAAUCCUGCCUCCUCCAGUAAAGCUUACGGGGCUGCGGACAAACUUUAGAAAUUUAUUACACAGAACAUAAAUUUUUCUCCCCCCAGCUUGUGAUGUUGACAUGUAGUUACAGUAAGACUGGUUUGUUCUCAAGUCCUUUUUUGUCUGUACAGCUCAGUUUUUAAAAGUUAUUAGGGGGUUAAUGUUUUUUUGAUUGGCACCUGAUACAGCCUAUUGGCGUUCAGGGAUUGCGUAGCUCACCCGGGGGAUACGCUGUUUGAGCCUAGUGUCAUCACAGCGACUCUCGGCAAACCCCCCUCCGAAUGCGCACAACGCUACUGCGCAGUGCUGGUUUUAGGAAAUGAAGAAAAAUCCCAGAAUUACCAAGAGCUUUUUGGCUUCAAAUCUGUAUACAGGUGGGAGGCGGAACCAAGUCGUCUAUAGUAUAUACAGUCUAUGGUCCGUCCUUCUCCAUCACAGCUGCUACGCUACUUUUAGCCGCUCAGAGCUCUGAGGAGGGCCAGGAGAGUGGGAGGGGAUGAGUCGGAACUACGGGAGAGGGAUGUGUCAAAUACAGCGAGGUGAUUGGAUGAAGAGGCAGAGCAGGAGAUUGACCAAUAGGUGCUGUCCGAGACGGAUGGCUUCUAUUGGCCAUUGUUUUUGCAGCCCUGCACAGGCCAAGGUGAACAGAUUUUUCCAUUCUUUUUUCUCUUCACUUGGAGAUCGCACUGUAGGACUAUGAUUGCCAUAUAAAUGAGGUUUAUACUAAUUACCAAUCUCUCCAAUCAUCAACCAUGCCUUUAACAUGAAUUGCUGCUGCUGAAAUGAUAAUCUACUGAUUAUCAGGGAAGUCAGGAAAUCUAAACGCUUAUUGUGUUUUGUGUCACACAGAUCUGCGGCUCAAGUUGAAAUCUUUGAUUGAGUGUUGAUUGUUCGCUGUUCAUGUGUGCUGGUGGUAAAUAAAUCCUCCUCAGGUAACUGCUGAUGCUCUUCCUCUGAACCCUUUUUCUGUUAGUAAACACAACCUGGAUGACAGAGAAAAACUAGAACUAAUCUCAAACCAAUGUCUGGUUCUAAGUGUUUGGAUUCUACAAUUUUACAUAGAAUCUAGAGGUCAGGGAAAAGUGGACAUCAACAGUUCAGUUCGGUUCGGGUCCACUCUUGUUGUUCUGGACCAAAACGUUGGGUCUAUGGAUGGCCAGUUUGACCUAUCCCUGUGAGUAAUUGCCUUCUACUUGUUUACAUAUGGAUGCAAAGUCGGCUGAAGAGUCCAGCUCCUACCGAUUUCCCUCCGGACAUUUGUCGUGUCACAUUCGGGCGAGUCAGGCGACCUUGCCCAUGACACUGACUGCAGGCUGGCGGACAGGCCUGUGCGCCUGUGAAGCUUACGACCGGACUUGGCAGUUAGUGAACAGAUUAUGAGGAGAUUGCAGAUCAUUGUCAGGCCCGUACUGGCCUUAGUCAUCUGACAUGCUGUGCUGUCAGAAAGCAGAGCAGCUGGUGAGGAAAAGCGACAGUGAUGCGACGUGAAGUUUGGCUGCUCGCUCGCUGAGGUCCGACUCCUUUUCUCAGCGUGCACACUGAUGGGCUGUGGCAUUGUUUCUGCCUGGGUGAUGUAUAGUGCUCUCUGCAGAAAGGGGCACAGCAUGCACCCAUGUCUGGAGAUACAUCCAUAUUUGUCUUACGCUGACAGCUGAUGGUCGGUUGUUUGCUAUCCCAGCAUGCCUUGCAGUAACACAGGGUUGUGUCCUCAGGUUGACUAACUUUAUAGCAUGAUGCACUGUGUGGGAUUAUUUACCUUCCAUCAUGCGAAGUUACGUGGACUUGACCAAGUUAUGUGACCUCUGAACUAAUCCAGGAUAACUCGAUGCUGACACACACGAACAGGUUAAACUGAAUUCCUCUGUUAUAAAUAAUCCUUAAAGUAAAACUUGGUUUGUAAGGAAGCACACUGCAUUUGCUUGAGGAAAUGCAUUUUUUAUGUGUUAUUCUGAAUUAGCAAGACAAUAAUUUGGGAAUUAAUGGAAAGUUUUAUCAAAAACUACCGAUUUGAAUUGUUUGACUCAUAUAAUGUGAUAUUGGUCCCAAAAAUCCUAGUGAGGCUUUUAUUUAGGCCACUUUAAGAUAACAAAUAUACCCUUUACUUAAUUUUACAGCUUUAUUGAAUCAGGAUUUUUUUUUUUAGCUUCCACAAAGAUUUACAACAUAUUUGUUCAUCUUUGACAUUUUGAUCACUAUCUACUCACCUCUUUAGCUUACUCCAUGAAUUUCAUGGCUUAAAUUAGUUGUUAAGAUCUUAACUUCAUUUUUCAUGUUUUAUGUCAGCGCUGUCUUUCUGGCUGUGCUGUCAUUGCUCUAACUGUUCUGUCGUCACCCUAAUAAAAUAAUGGCCUCAGUCCUUUUUUGACGAAAAUUAGUUUUUGGCCUAAAUCAGGAAUAUGAACAUUGUGCAUGUGGACACCAAUAUGAUCAGACUCUGAGGCUCAGGUCUGGAUACUCACGUCUUAAAAUCACAGUGAGAUCCUUGUGCCUUUAAGAAAUGAAGUCCUGUUAAUGUUGAGUUUUAGUGAAUUUGCUGGUUUUGCUCUGAAAAGAUGUGGAGUUUGCAGUUUUUCAGACAUGCAGCUUGCUCUGAUCUGCAGGCAUGAUGUGGGUGUGAGAUGGUGCAUCUGAAAUAUACACUCUUAAGCAAAUGCUGGAAACAUUGGAUAUAUCUAUGUGCAGCUGAGGCGCUUUGUCUAAUUGAUACAGUUAGUUUUCUCUUUUCUCCCCAGUGAAUGUCAAACACUCCUGUAGAUUUGCACCCAGUCACAGUUUUAUUGACUAUGGGGCACUUUAAACCUGGAUGAAGUUGUUCUGAUGUUCUGGAUGGUGUUUUUGUGUUUUGAUGGCAGUGAGGAAAGUAUAUUGCACUUUGAUGCCAUCGGCAGCUAUGAUGAACGAUGGCUCUGUUUUGACUUGAGCACAUCUCCACACCAGUCUUCUGUCUGCUGUGUGCUUUAAUGACACGUCUUCUGGUAGAAGACACCGUCCCAGAGACUGUGGGAAGCUUGCUGCUGCCAAAAUCAAUCAAUAGCUUCAGCACACAAGCAAUAAGCAGCCCAUCAGCUGUUAAUGAAAAUGUGCACAUCGCCGUCAGAACCAUCAACAGCUCUGUCUGCAUUUCACUGACAGCCGGCUAAUAAGAUUACAGCCAUGGAUCUCACAGCUCUGAGUAUUGUUGGUCAUUCAAUACAACUUUAAAUGAACCUGGAGGGUUUUGACAGUGCAGACCUGGUAGCUCAGGUUUCUCAUGUGUCCAUUUAAGUUUGUUUGUUUUCUUGAGGUCCUACAAGAAGAUGAUCAUAUGUCAAACCCCCAAAGUUUCAUAAUCACACAAGAAUAAUGGCCUCCAUAUAAGUCAUAAUUGCGGGUGAUGACCAAAUUGGGGUUCUGUUCAUCAGUCUGACUCUGCCUGAUCUUGUUUCUCAGUGGAGGGAGCUGUUCUUCUCGUCCUUGAGUUCACUGCAGUGAGAAACCUUGACUUUUACUGAAUCGUCACUUCCUACCUUUAUGUGAGAACUUACUGUGGUUGGCAUGGAAACAGAGGAGGGAGAGAGAGGAGGCUGCUUGGUUUGGUAACAGUUGCAGGUCUGAUUGGUCACACAAAGUCAGCAUCUGUGGCUUUUAAGGCUUAUCAUGUCACCUGUCAGUGUUAUCAUUGUUUUUAUGAUCACUGUUAUUAAUAUCAGUUUCAUAUUAACACUGGAAAUCUUGGCAAACUUUGAGAGGCUGUAAACCAAACCAGAAGCCCUGAGAGAAAGAUGCAAAGUUGUGAAAUUGGACAUAACAAAAUCAUGUGACAGACCUGAUCAGGCCACGCCCCUUACAACAUCCUUAUAAACUACACCCUGCAAGAUGAGUCAAUAAUUCCACAGAGGAGCAUGAUGGGAGUUACAAACUAGGGCUAUAUAACUUCUCCAAUAACUCCAGAUUGGUUCAAUAAGUUAUAAGUUAAAGGUCGUAUAAUGUUUGCUUAAGUUUUUUUGUGUUUUGUACAGUCUUUUUCAUAUCUACUCUUACGCUAUCAUAAUAAAGAACACUAUCACUAUGAACUCAUUGUGUAAUUAUAGCCUAAUGUCUAUGGCACAAAAACAGUAUUUCUUGUUUUAAAAAGACAUUUAUCAUGCCCUACCCCUACCUGCCCUUAUUUACAUCUAGGGGCUCUAUUUUCGUGUCUGCCGGGGAGGCUGGCGGAGGCUGGCGGACCCCGCGCAGUGGUAUUUUUGUCUGGUGGAGCCCGGCGUACAGCCAGUUUGGUAUUUUUGUAGACUGAGGCGCACCGAGGUCCGCAAAGCUGGGCGUGGUGGCGUGGCAGGGGGAGGUGUCGACAGAGUCAGCUGGCGCAGUGACAUUUUUGUGCUCGCCGCCGGCAUAUAAAGUGCGUGAAAGCUUGCCGAUUCAAACCUGGUCAGCUUUCAGUGCAGGCGGAGCACAGCUGGUCUAGAGGUAUUUUGGUAGACCGGCAGCGUAUCGGCAUACGUCACCGAUGCCUCACCGGUUGGUUUCCACAGUGUCAGAUAGAUAGAUAGAUAGAUAGAUACAUUUCAGUGCAAUAAAUAAUCAUCAACAACUAAUAAUCUGAGUCAGCACAUACAUUUAGAUCUAUAUAGAUAUAUUCUGAUCUAUAUCUGAUCUGAUGAGCGUGUUUGGACACACAACCUGACCGAAUCAACACAGCUGAAACUGCAUUAAAUUAAAUUAAAUAUUUAGUAAAUAGAGACACAUAAGAAGUGAAGUAAAGUGAACAAGAUAUGUAAUUCGUCUCCCUCCUUUUCUUUUUUCCUCUUCCUCUUAUUUCUCGCACAGCUCGACCUGGACAUGUCUCCGUGUCCUCUCCCCGUCCUGCUGCAGCUGCUGCUGCGGCGGCUGAACAGAUGAUUUGUUUCAGUGAUCAAUUGAGUUAUUUAAUUUAAGCCUACAUACGAAUAUUAUAAUAUUCAGUUUUGUGAGCCAAAUUUAUUUUAUAUGCCAACAUCUAUGAAAGAAAGAGCCCGGCCACGGAGCGUGAUGCGUCAUUUACGCACAGAUGGUUUCGAUUUUAAUGCCAUUAUUGGAAUUUAUGAUUUGAUCUGUGCGCACAACUCACCUUUGUCACGUGAGGUUUGAAUAUGUGCAACUUUAUGUGAGUGUCUUUAUUUGUGGAAAAGGGUGUUUGUCUUACUAGUGGGUCCAACAUUACACACACCAAAUCCAUCUGUGCUCAUAUGAGAGCGUGUAAAGGACGCCCUCUGCAGCGUUUACAGUGACACUUGUUGAGGGGCUGCCUUCUGUCGCCAUCAUGUGGCAUUACUGUCUUCAGACAUCUCUUGAUCUCUACUACUUCACGAAAAUAGUAAUACGCCUCGCCGGUUGCGGAUUUAAAGGCGAGGAGAGGAGCUGAUGUUAUUGGUCAAUACAGGUCUCGGCUGUGUUAAAUUCACUCCACGCCCUCUCUCCUCCCUCGCUACGACUUACGCCGCUGGGAGGAGCUGAGCUAGGGAGGAGCUGAGCUAGGGAGGGGGGAUACUUACGCCGGGCUGCGCCGCUCACCAAAAUACCAAAUUGUGCUUGGGAACGCCUUGUCUGCGCGGCAGACCUGACUUAUGCCGCGCCUUUGGCACGUCUCUGGCAAAGCACGAAAAUAGAGCCCCUAGAGUGAUCAAAGUUUUCCCUCUCAUGUCCAAGCUUCUCCUGCCCGCAGCCUCAUCUUUUUUUACCAUCAGAUGUUGAGGCAUGCUGCAGGAGGACUGUACUCUUACCUCAGCUCAGCUUUCUUUAUGAUGUCUUCCAGGCUGAACCCAGAGAUGGAAGAAUUAGGUCAGGCAGUAGCUCACUGCAGUGGGGUCAGCCUGGCAUCGAUGCACACGCUUGGCUUGUUUUUUUGCUGCAUUAAAACCAGAGCAGAGGAGAUCAGAAAAAGCAGGUUUAGAGAUGUUUACAGGGACGGAGAAGGAGAGCGUGUCGGCUGCAUUAAAAGGAUUUUUCCACAUGAAACAGGAGGCAUAAACGAGGACAAAGUCAAGUCUGUGUUGUGCUGUCAGCUGGGAGUGCGGUGCAGUGUGGUGCAAAAACAGCAGCAGCGCUGCAGCGCUGCCACCACGCUUUAGCACAGCUCAUAUGCAUCAGGCAUUCAGCUCACGUUAAGGUUGCUCUGCCUCCAAAACACAGACGUGCCACACCGAUGGGUGCUGAGGGGAUCAGCUGUUUCUAAUAAUAGCCUCUUAGAAAGUCUUCAUCCCCAGUGGGACUGUUACCCCCACCCACCGCCAACAAACACCCACAAACACUCUUUCAGAGGUUGUCCUCUCUCUGUGUCCCUGUUCCAUCAGAGCUGGUGUCAUCUUCAGUUUAUUAGAGGCCUGUAGCAGUUGCAUGGAGAGGCUGAUCGGCUUAAUGAUCUGUUUUAUCUCUCUGUGAUCUACUGCAGAGCUACAGCAAAAACAAUGCUUAUAUCUAACCCAUCACCCUUCACUGACAAAGAUUUCAUGAAAUCAAGUCAUUUUCUAUAAAGCAGCGAUUAACCGGCGGUGACUGAAAGUUUGUAAUAAGGUGGAUUCACUUACUGUGAGGUUUGAUGUGUAUGAGUGAGCUGCAUCCAUACACAGGUGAAACUAUUAUACCAGCAUGAAAUGCAAAAAGAGAUAGUUCAUUGUGUUGCUUGAUUUUACCCAGAAGAUGGCACCAUUAUUGAUUUUUUUUUCUCCUUCAUAGGUUUAUAGUCAUCUCUUUGAAGGGUAAUGUUGGGAAAUAAACCGUGAAGGGAGCUGGUUUGAUUGAAAAGACUCCUCUGAUGGUGCUAGGCCAGGGGUCGGCAACCUUAAACACUCAAAGAGCCACUUGGACCAGUUUCCCACAGAAAAGAAAACACAGGGAGCCACAAAACCUCUUUGACAUCUAAAAUGAAGAUAAAGAUAUAUAUUGCAUAUAUCUUUUUUUUUUACCUUUAUACAAAGUAUAUAAAAAACUGUAGCGAGUUGCAUUUAUGAAAUAAAUGAACUAUUUCGGCGAGUGUCUGUCUUCUUCUGUAGUUAAACCGCAAGAUAUAAAAAUCUACCCGGAUACAGCAAUGCUGCUUUUUGAUUGGCUGUUCAGUAGGCGAAGUUUUCCCACACCACUGAUGUUUUAGGUCGGGAUUUGGGUUGGGUUGUGUCCCUGUUUUUCUCAGCCGCUGCCUCGGCCAUGGCUGUUUCUUUUCUGUGCGUCCUGCUGAUGUUUACACGCCGGUGUCCAUGGACAUAUAUAAAGACCCGACGAAUCGAUUACAGAAUUUGUUGGCAACGGAUUUUUUCGUCACGACGAAUCUACUUAAUCGAUUCGUUGUUGCAGCCUUAAUAGUUUAUUUAAUGUUACAAGAGCAUUUUAAUCUUUGAAUUUAGAAUUACAAAAAAAAAAAUAAUAAUAAUAAAAUAAAAUGCAAUUAAGUAUUUAUUAUUUAUUUUCCAAAUCCACGGGGAGCCGCAGCUUAGGGACGAAAGAGCCGCAUGCGGCUCCAGAGCCGCGGGUUGCCGACCCCUGUGCUAGGCAGAGCUACACAUCUGCACAAAAACUGCACAUUUCUGACUCAGUGGAAGUCUUUAUGCCCAGUGAAGAGAACUUCAGAGUUGAAUCAGUUAUUUGAUGACAGAAAGCCCCACAAAAGGGGCCGGACAACAGGAUUGACUGCUCUGUGGACAAAUGAGGCUUCAGCAGUUUCUUUAUUGGGUUUUCACAGUAGAUCAACCAAAAAAAAUUAAAUCAGUGAAAUGAUGAGGCGCUGAGUUUUCACUUUAAAGCUACGAGGCACUGGACAAACAUCCAUCAUGCAUUUUAGAAUCAUUAUAAAACACACAGACUUGCAGACAGUCCAAACACACUCACUCCAAUGAGUCAAAGCUGGAAAGUCUCAGAGAGCUGUAUCACUACAGUUUUUUAAUGUCAUUAAUGUCUGCGGGCAUUCAGCAAGAAGUCAGCCAGAGAAGGACUUAAACAAGCUAUUUUCAGACCCAUGAAUCAUCACGCUCGUCUCUGAUUUGUUUAGCAAUUCAAAAUUUGCAAAUUGUUAAAUGAAGUGAAACAAAAAAACUAAAUUUAGGCCGAAAAACUGUUUCGGCUUUUAUACCAUCUGAGUGAGUUUACUAUGAAUAGAUGGGAGAAGAACGUAAACCUGUUUCAUAAUUUUCUGCAGAAGAAGUGGGAAACAGAUAAAAAAGAUAUCAUCGGGCCAAAUGUCCAGCAGAAAAAGGCCAAAUAACACAACCAUUUAGAUCCAAAUAUGUGAAGUCUGUUUUCUCGAUACACACUGGAUGCAAUUAAAUACUUGGUUAAUUCAGGUGUGUUUGAACACCUGAAUAUUUUGUGUUUACUCACUGAACUUAGGCAAAUAGUGUUCUCUAUUUGCAUCUUAUACUGUGUCUACAUAAGCACCCAAAGACGUGAAUUUAUGUGAAAUAAGUGGUGUCUGGUCCUUUUGCAGACAGCCUAGUGGACACUCAGGUUACUGCAGUUUUUACCUUGACCUGAGGUUGGCACUGGGAAAAACAUGUCGUAUUGUGAAGCUCCAGGUAGCUGCACACUGUCACGAUCAGUAAUUUUUCAGAUGGAUGGGGGUCUCAAUGGUGACAGGCUAUCAUCAUGACUUGUUUUCUGGAGUUCUGAUUUAGUACGAAGCAGGGCCCUAUCAAUGCAGUAUGUAUAAAAACAUGGAUGAAAAUCUGAGUUUGCAGGAUUGACUUAAAUACAUUCUAAAAUAUUUUUAAGGGAUUAAAGUGGGGAAGUCAAAACUUGCAGCUGAAGUAAAUGAAAUGUUUUGAGCUGAGGUUUUUUUUUUUACUGCCUGAGAAAAAGAGUAGCAGUGUUUGUCUCGAAGCUGAAAACAAGCCUUUCCUCUGUCUUCAUGUUGUUUUAUGACCAUGGAGAAAAAGCUUUCAGAUGUGCCUGAAGUACAUGGUCCCUUUUUUUUUCAGAAAGUUUGUUUCCCCCUGGCUUGUUGGGAAAUGCACAAUAAGCAUCUUUACAAACUGCAACCAAUGCUGAAAGCCAGAGAGCUGUGAGUGGAAUCUUAACAGCAGCUCUGCACCUCAGAUUAGCUCGACUAGAGGAGCAGUGUGCAGCUUUCUCCUGCAGAUUUCUACAAAGGUUACCUGCAGUCAACUGAAGCAUGCCGAUGAGUUCUUUUUUUGAAUGGCUGCGAGGCUUUUAAGAGCUAUUAUAAAUUCUAUACAUGUAAGAAAGCUGUUUUGUUUCAGCUUUUACAUUAGAGUUUGCCUUUUUCUGUUUGAUGCAGUGGAAGAUUUCAAAGUACUGCAGCCUUUUGCAUGCAUACCUAAUACUCAACCCUGUUCUUUUAUAAUGCACCUGUUUUUCUCUGUAUGUCUGCAGGUUUUUAACACACUUCCUACAAAUGUUCAGUACACAGAUACAGUGUGUCAGUGUUUGAGGAUGUGAUAAUGGCACAUUGUGAGCAGGUGCAAAUGAAAAGAUUGACUCGGAUGCUAAUAAAGGGCACAGGGAAUCACAGAUUGGAAGAGUUUAACUCUGCUGUAAUACAAUAAGCAAAUGCAGAACUAAUUAUCUCUUUCCUAAAGCUCGUCACUUAAAGAGGGGAGAAAAUGUGCUCUGAGUAUCCUCUGUUUCAGUUAUUAUCAUCAAACUAAAAUGACCAUUUCUCUGAUUGUUAUUCUGUCAGAUUGAAUCAGAGCGAGAACCUCCCUCUAACACUCUGCAGACCGAGGACAGAGCUGCUGCUUUCUGCCAUUUGUUUUAACUGAACGUUCCUCUGCGUCUUGACCCACUGAUAUCAGAUGGAAUUUGUUGUGUUGCUUAAUAUAAACCCUUAUGGUGGGGGUAAAAAAAUAGCCCAGUGUCCUAAAGACUCAGCUCUGGGUGGUUUGUUACUGAGCUCCACAAACUGCCUGAAAACACCAUUCUUCACAGGUAUGACAUGGUAGGUCUGGGCUGAGAUUCUGAGAGCUGAUUGGACCUGCUAUCCCUAAAAUUAGAUAUAAUGAUCUGUUCAAUCUGAGGUAUGACAUUGAAGAAGUCUAAGGGGAGAGAGACCAGUUCUGGGUCACACCUGAUUUGCUGAUUUGGUUCAAACUUUACCUAGUUUGAUUUAAAAAAAAGUGCCAUGUGUGCUAGAUUUACUUUAAGUAAGGAAUUGACAUUUAUGUCUCCAAACACAGUUGAUAAACAUAUUUUAGGAUGUGCUACAUCCCUAAGAACAAUUUAAAAUCAGGUUAAUAACUCUUCCAAAAGUUGUGUUUUGGAUCAACUCAUCCCGUUUGAGGUGUAUGGUAAGUUGAACUUGGGAAGACAUUAAAUUUAACCACAAGUGGAUAAACUGCUUUAUUAUGUUAAAACAAAACUGCAACCUCUUAUACUGCUGAAUUACAGAAAGACAAAUUCAGGGCAUUUCAAGGAUUUAAUUCAAUAUCAAAUUUGAAACUUGAAAUAACAGUUUUCUUUACUAAGGUCCAUUUUUGAGCCUGUAUCUGUUCAGGUGCAAGAAGCAUGACUCCUCAAACAUGAAAAACUCACUCUGAACAGUAAAAAACACAGUUUCAUAAACUUAAGUGUCCUCACUAUUGCCUCUCUCCAUCCCAGGGUCAGUAAAAUCGAUAAAAAUGAGCGAUCACAUGACCAAAUUUCUCUUUGUUUACCUGGAAAUAGGGGGCAUGCCUCUGCUUUUAGAGUAACUGUGUAUGUUUUGACCUUGCAGAAUUGAUAUUGUUCACACGGUGCAAAUAAUAACAUGAGCGUGCUGUGAUGGAGACUGUGGAGCAGGAGACAGCUGUCAGAUAAUCUCAGUCAGAGAAGUGGAAGAAAACAUGAGGCUGUACAGUGGUGCUAACACUCAUUCAGAAACAGACACCUCUUUAAAGGAGCUCUCCUGACUCCAUGAUUGGGUGGAGACGUGUUGGAGAGGGUGGUCACGGUAGCGUUCGAAAGCAAGUUUAUGUGUAGACCACAGACCUGCAGCGUGCUCAGGCUGAUAUGGUCUGAAGGACAGGUGAAGGAGGCGGCUCGGCUCUCUAAGGAGUUGUGAAGAGAAGUGGAGGGAGCAGGUCAGUGACUGUUCCUGCUGCUUAAUAAGAAGUGACGUAACACAACAUAAUCCACCUCAGCAGUCUGCAGCUACAACCACUUAUUCCUGAGAAGAAGGGACACGCUGCUCCAAAAGCUGUGGCUCUCUGCCCUCUGACAGGCCAGGCCGUGAAUCAUGGAGCGUACCUUAACUACAAUACUGGUCCAGCUCUGUCUCACACACACAGCCUCUCCCAGUCAACUUGCUAUGUCAUGUGCCAAACAAUUGACAUAUAUGUUAGCUAGUGACGAAAAUGCCUGAGUUAUAUGUCAUAUGCAGAGGGGCAGGGCUAUUUUUAAUUCAUACUGACAAAAGCCCCACAUUAACAGGUAUUUUAGGCUGACUAAUGUGCGUACAUGAAUUUCAAAAGUCCAGUUUCAAUCAGAGUGACUCAAUAAAUCGAUUUGAACAACAAAAGGGCAGUUUUAUGGGAUCCUCUUCAUUUCUAAAUGAAUUACUAUUAAUAAAACUCAGCCUAUCUGCAGGUAGAGAACUGAGCGAUUCAGUUUUUGUAUCAGCCUUUCAACAUGUUUUUUUUUUUCUUGCUGUAAAGAUGAGCUUUUUUGAAUGGGUGUGUAUGUGGUUUUUGGUGCUUCUAAGGUCAGCCUCUUGUGGACACUUUUGCUACUACAGUUUGUGUGACCUUAUUGUCCUUAUUUAAAAGUUUCUGUUUAUAUAUUACUCAUAGGAGAUCUUGGUCAGCUCAAGACCAUCAUGGAACUGGAGAGGGACUGAAACAGAGACUAGGAGGUCUUCUCUGCUGCAUACUCUUGCAAAUUUCAAGAAACCGGUCAUUGUGUGCACACGUAUAUUAACUUUAUUGUGCAGAAAGCCACUUCAAUCGGUGAUUUGAAGCUUUGUAACAGAAAAGUACUGAGAAGUGUUCACUUACACUGACAUUACUGUUUGAGUCUGACUUUUUUACAAUAAGUUAAAUUAAGUGUUGGAGUCGAACCUGUCUGCAGAGGUUGAUCGUCUAGCUUCUGAUCCAGUUUUUUGCCCUAUUCCUCAUUCAGCCUCUGAAAUAGUGUGGUAAUAAAAAUAUGAACGUCUAACCAUUUUAAUCCCUUUCUGAAUCUGCUACGUCACAUUCAGAUGCUUUAUGGAAGCGAUUUAGCUGUGAACGUCCGGUCUCAGGUGCUUCUGUAGCCGUGCAAAUUAUCCUCAUGGACAAAAUAUUCUUAACACGCCUACACUGAUCUAAAACAUUCAGCUGAUGAACAGCAGCUACUGUGUUUCUCUCCACCGUGUUAUUGGCUUCAAACUGACUCCGUGUUUAUUCCUAACAUCUGCAUUUCAUCAAACCCUGUUUACAGAUGUCGUUACUUUAUCAACAGCCAUUUCAUGUUUUUGUGUUUCUCUAAAUGCCUCCCUUUAGAGAAAUUUACAUCAUCUCUGAUGGAGUCCACCUGCUCACAUGGACUGUUAUUUUAUACCUGUACAAAAAGUGUUACCAUAAAAGCCCACCUGGAAAACUUGUGAGGUUAAUUUCCAGCAUGUUAGCAACAUGACUGGGUAUAAAAAAGACAUUCAGAGAUACUCAUCAAUGUCAAGUUUGAGGAUUUUAUCAUCUAUGUUACAAAAUAUUUUUAACAAAUUCAGAGCUUCAAAUAAAGACAGAAGUUAAAGCUAAGGCUGGACUUCUUUUGGAAAUGAUUUCAUGUUUUUCUUUGGCUAUCAUUACUCCUGAUUGACUGUGAUGAUGUUUUAUACAUGGGUUCUCCAUCUCAAAAUCUGCAGGGCACAUCACAAAUCUGUAGUCUCUCAUUUAUCUAAUCUUAGUCUUUCCUGUGUCUUACCUGCAGGACUACACCAUCACCAUGUACUUCCAGCAGUCCUGGAGAGACAAGCGCCUGUCCUAUACCGGCAUCCCUCUCAACCUCACGCUGGACAACCGGGUGGCGGACCAGCUGUGGGUCCCUGACACCUACUUCAUCAACGACAAGAAGUCCUUCGUCCACGGGGUGACAGUGAAGAACCGGAUGAUUAGACUGCACCCUGACGGCACGGUGCUCUACGGCCUCAGGUGAGUUAAAACCCCACAAACUUGGAUUCUUAGAUUAUGUACAGUAGGGGUCUAAUCUGGUUCAAAAUAAUGUCCAACGUACCACUUCCUCAUUUCCCUGUGAUCUUCUUUUAUUAGUUUUGUGCCUCUUUGUUUGCUUGUCAUCUCUCUCUGCUUUAUACAUCAUUCUUUGCAAUAUUUCAGGCAGGCUCACGGAAGCUGAAUGUGUCCAUAUGUUGUUAUGUGGAGAUGGUUUUAUUUAGCUCCUCAUUGAGGACGGACAUGGCCAGAGGCACUAAGUUUUGGCACAUCUGCUUUAUCUGCAUGUCUAAACGUCUGUGGAUCUGUUGCUUUCUGAGGAGGCUUAAGUUCCCUUAAAUUUGGUGCAAAUUUGAGCAGAAAUGAAACAUAUUUAAAGACCACCUGCUGGUUCUGUAAGGUGAAGUUGUAGAAGUAAAAUGUCAGUAGUAAGUGUUUUAGUCACAAUAACUGUCAGUCAGCUUGGGCUCUUUUGUAAGAAACUGCACAGAGAACCAGCACACAAGCUAGGCCACUGCUCUGCAGAUAAGGGCAGAUCUCCCAGCUACUUUAGCUAACUUAGAGAGACUCUGACCAAAGCACUGAUUGGUUUAAGUGAUUUUUCAGCACUUCACUUUGCCACCAGAAAGCCCAUUUGUUUGUGCAGACAAAUCAGGCGCUAAUUCUGCGCAUUUUGAUCAGGUGAGCAGAUCCUGUGGUUAGCGUGUUGUGUUAUUACUCUGUAAAAAAAACACAAAGGGCUCUAUUUUCGUGUCUGCCGGGGACGCGGCGGAGGCUGGCGGACCCCGGGCAGUGGUAUUUUUGUCUGGUGGAGCCCGGCGUACAGCCAGUUUGGUAUUUUCGUAGACUGAGGCGCACCGAGGUCCGCCAAGCUGGGCGUGGUGGCGUGGCAGGGGGAGGUGUCGACAGAAUCAGCUGGCGCAGUGACAUUUUCGUGCUCGCCGCCGGCAUAUAAAGUGCACUGAAAGCUCGCCGAUUCAAACCUGGUCAGCUUUCAGCGCAGGCGGAGCACAGCUGGUCAAGAGGUAUUUUGGUAGACCGGCAGCGUAUCGGCAUACGUCACCGAUGCCUCACAGGCAGGUUUCCACAGUGUCAGGUACAUUUCAGUGCAAUAAAUAAUCAACAGCAACUAAUAAUCUGAGUCAGCACAUACAUUUAGAUCUAUAUUAAUAUAUUCUGAUCUAUAUCUUAUCCGAUGAGCGCGUUUGGCACGUGUUUGGACACACAACCUUACCGAAUUAACACAGAUAAAACCGCAUCAAAUAAAAUUAAAUAUCUAGUCAAUAGACACACAUGAUGAAGUUAACAAGAUAUGUAAUUCGUCUCCCUCCUUUUCUUUCUUUCUCUUAUUUCUCGCGCAGCUCUACCUGGACAUGUCUGCGUGUCCUCUCCGUCCUGCUGCAGCUGCUGCAGAUGAUUGUUUCAGUGAUCAGAUGAGUUAAGCCUACAUACGAGUAUUAUAAUAUUCAGUUUUGUGAGCCAAAUUUAUUUUAUAUGCCAACAUCUAUGAAAGAAAGAGCCAGGCCACGGAGCGUGAUGCGUCAUUUACGCACAGAUGGUUCCGAUUUUAAUGCCAUUUUUGGAGUUUAUGUUGUGAUCUGUGCGCUCAACCCACCUUUGUCACAUGAGGUUUCAAUAUGUGCAACUUUAUGUGAGUGUCUUCAUUUGUGGAAAAGGGUGUUUGUCUUACCAGUGGGUCCAACAUCCAUCUGUGCUUAUAUGAGAGAGUGUGAAGGACGCCCUCUGCAGCGUUUACAGCGACACUUGUUGAGGGGCUGCCUUCUGUCGCCAUCAUGUGGCAUUGCUGUCUUCAGACAUCUCUUGAUCUCUUUGACUACUUCAUGAAAAUUGUAAUACGCCCCGCCGGUGGCGGAUUUAAAGGCGAGGAGAGGAGCUGAUGUUAUUGGUCAAUACAGGUCUCGGCUGUGUUAAACCCACUGCACGCCCUCUCUCCUCCUUCCCUACGACUUACGCCACUUCGAGGAGCUAAGUUAGAGAGGGGGGAUACCUACACCGGGCUGCGCCGCUCACUAAAAUACUAAAUUGUGCUUGGGAAGGCCUUGUCGGCGCAGCAGACCUGACUUAUGGCGCACCUGCGCAACGUCUCCGGCGAGGCACGAAAAUAGAUCACAGUGUUAAGUCUUCAGUACAGCAGUGGACUCUGGUUGGUGACUGUAGCCUUGUGUGAACUGCUACUGGAUUUGGAUUCCCACAGAUGACCACUCCUUUUUUGGUAGGUCUUAAGAGUUUUCUGCAUACAGAAAAGAUUGAAAUAUCCUUUAAUGGGCCUGUUUGUACUUGACUUUUCACCACAGUUCAUGUUUGCGACUGAGCAGGUAGCGGGACAAAUGGAAUGCAGUUCUCUGUGCUGCUUUUGGCAGAAACCCGUUUAAGUGAAAUUCCUUGUCUACAGACAUGUUUAUUCAUCUGGUUGGUCAUAAAUUUUCUGUGCCAAAGAUUAAAAUCUCAGAAGAUGUUGUAAAUCCUGCAGGCUCCCAUAACAUGCUCAGUUAGUGGAGUCUGCUGUGAAAGUGUCCCUCAGCUCUCAGCCUGUCACCCAAUCAGGGCGUAAAGUAGAGCCUCUGUGCUGCGUGAUACACAGAGAAUAAAAUAAGUGUCCUCAUUUCGAGCAAUAUGAUCUCUAGAUUAAUAAUUACAUGAACAGUUGCUUUACAUUGUAAAGCCUUUUUAAAGAGCGGCUUUCCUCUGCACACAGCCAAGUGUGUGUGUGUGUGUGCGUGUUUGUGUGUGCGUGCUUGUGUGUAUGUGUGUGUGUGUGGGGGGCUUCUCUAUUCCCAGUUCCAAUCACAAAUAAUUCCCAAAUAGAUUUCUCUUCCUGUGUUUGCAUACAAAAACCUCUGCAGAGCGCCAUAAGUAGCAUCUGAUUAACAUGAGAGCGUUCCUCAAAGGCGUCCUUCAGAGGGUAAGCGUUGCUCUGUCUGUGUCUCCUCUGGAGCUUCGAGGGAGAACCAGCUGGUAAAUCAUUUAUGAAGCCAUCCUGGUGCAGUGUACACACACACACACACACACACACACACACACACAUACACGCUCAUGCGCGUGCGGCUGUACCCUCUGCAGCAGAGCAGAGCGACGAUGAAGUGUGCGGCGUGGAGUUAACUGAGGAAACCGUGGGCCAGUCACUGUCAAUAAUUCAGACCUCUGAGUUCAAAGGCGUGCUGUGCUUCGGUGUGAGAGAGGAGUGAUGACUUGACACUUUUCAGAUGAGAGAUUUUUUUUUUUAGCUCUGAGGCAAAGCUGCACAUUUUAAUAAGGUGCUAUGGAAUAAAUCAAAGCAGGGAUCAGCAUCAGAUUCUGACAUUUGGGCUCGCUGUAACAUACAGCAGAUGUCAGCAUGUCUGUGUUUACGGCCUCAGAUAAAGCACUGGCUGUGAUUUUAUUUGCAGUGUUCAUGUUUUACCCACGUUUCAAUUUCCCUAAAGAACGAGGAAAGUGUCGCAGCUAAAUGAGGCGUAAAGUUGAAGUCAUGCUGAUGAGAAGUCCAAAUCUGCAGGUUCAGGAGCUGUCUAAAUGAAUAUCUUUAAAAAAAGGAAAACGUUUUUUUUUUUUUUCUCAAGUUUGUCUUCUUUUUCCAGAGACUGUAAAUAUGUUGCAUGAUCCUCUUACAACCUAAUAUACUUUAAACUGUUUUAAUGAGUUUAAAAUAGAAGAUGAACGCCAGCACAUUUUGAACUGGGUUAAAGCCGUGGUUCCUAAAGUAUGCUGCAAGCCGCAGUUAAAAUGACCACCGUUGUCAAACAUGUCUGCAGAGUGCUUCAUCUGACUCUCCUCCACAUGCACAGUGUAUCAGAUGUGUGUGUGUGUGUGUGUGUGUGUGUGUGUGUGUGUGUGUGUGUGUGUGUGUGUGUGUGUGUGUGUGUGUGUGUGUGAAGAGUUUUGGCUCGCUGUGGACUGUGUGCAGGGUUUGGUGAUGGUGUGGCAGGUGGUUGAGCAGCAGGCCUCUGACAGUUGACCAGCACGGGGAAAGAACCAACAUGUUGAUCGUGGCAACACUUCAUUUAGAGGAAGACGCAGCGGCGACUGUGAAACGUGUCGAACACAGCAGCUGACGGGGAAACAGAAGGAUUUACAGUACAGAGCUGAGGGUGCAGCAGGAUAACUUGGUCCUCUUCAGCCUGCAGAAGAGUUCAGAUCACUGUGAAGAUUACUGUUUUAUAAGAAACGCCAAGAUUAAGUGAGCAAACAAGCAGGUUUACUAAUAUUCUGUACAUUUAAGGGAUACCACUUUUCAGAAAACAAACCAAGCAACACAAAAUAAAAAUACCAGCCCAAUGUGACUUAAAUUUCAACAACUGCUUCUCAGAUGUUUGAGUGUCAGGACAGCUUUGUUGGCGGCACACAUCCUCCAUUUAUAAACAAGACUAUCACUGCAUCAGUUUACUGAGGUCAAGAUUGCUAAUUUACAACGGAGUAUAAGGGCCGCAUUAAGGAAAAAAAAAUCAGAUUUCGUAAUUACUUAAGGGAAUAAAGUCGUAAUAAAAUCAUUACUUACAAAAAUAAAGUUGUAAUCAAGUAAUUCCUUCGAGAAUAAAGUUGUAAUAAAGUCAUUACUUACAAGAAUAAAGUCGUAAUAAAAUAAUUACUUACAAGAAUAAAGUCGUGAUAAAAUCAUUACUUACGAGAAUAAAGUCGUAAUAAAAUAAUUUCUUGCGAGAAUGAAGUCGUAACUAAUAGCUAUUCUAACCCGUUGUUGGUGAUUUAAGUGAGCGCUGUGGAGCAUUUAGAUGAAUUGAACUCCAGUAGUUAGACUUCACAAACAAGGAGAUACUAAAUUCUUUGGCGUUUCAGCAUCACAUUGUCAUAAGAAUCAGAACAUAUGCAAAAAAUUCAUCUUUUCCGCAGAAAGAACCAGGCGGACUUUGUGGAAUCGCUGUUUUUAGUUCCAGCCAUUUCCUCCUCCACUUGUUUUUCCCAAAUAAUACAGGUCUUCUGAUAUUAUUUUAUUUAUUUGAUUUGAUUUUGACCAUAUUAAAAUUUAUUCUUACACCAUAACUUAUAUCAUCUUGGAUUUUAUUCUAAUUUUAUUCUGUUUCAAUCUUCUUCUCUUUUUUCCCUCCUGUCUAACAUUUAACUUUUUCAUUAUUCCCCCGGUGUUUAUUUACGAGACAGCUGUGAUGAUGUUCCCUCAGUUUGCUCAUUUUUUUCAAAUCAAUUUAUUUAAUUUAUUUAUUUUAAAUUUGUUUUUAUUUUGUAUUUUCUUUUGAUGAACAGCACUUUGCACUGCAUUAUCAUUGUAUGAAAAGUUUGAUUUAUUGAUUGAUUGAUUCAAUCAAUAAAUUGGUCAGGUAGCAGUGAAGGCUCCCUCUGCUGGACCAAACAGCUAGCUAAUUCAUACAGCCCGAAACUCCAACUGACUGUAUAUUUUAAAUCUUUACAUCUCAUCACAGUUAAAAAUGAACUUUUUUUGCUCAAGUUCUAAUAUUCAAAUUUUAUUCAAAAAACUCAAUUAAGCGAGUACAGACUACUGUCUUUGUCCCAGUUUAAAGUCUCUGUGUUCCCCAUAUACCUCAAUUUUUAUUAUUGUUUGAGACUUCAGCAGUACUGUGGAACCUGAACAUCCCCUUUAAAUGCUCCCUGCAUAAAAAUAAGAUCUCCUCAUAGUAAAGGUAGGAAUAUGGCUUUUUAACAUAUUUUCACCCCUCUAUCAGUGAACACAUUAACUGCAGAAAGAGCUGUUCAUUCGCUGAGAUCAGGUGCCCCUACCUCCGCUUGAGCUGGGUCUCACCAGAUCACCUUAGCCAAGGUGUCAGACACACACAAGAACACCAAAUCAAGUAUGUCCAUAUAGAUUCUCAUUCAUCCAGGUCAUGGUUAUCUUGAAGACUUAAAACAGGCAACUGGACUGUGUAGAGUUGAGAACUCUCAACUCUACACAGUCUGUUUUAAGUCUUCAAGAACACCAAAUCAAACACACACGACAAAGUGAGAUGAACAGAAAGAGAGAAAGAAAGAGAGAGAGAGAGAGAGAGAGAGAGAGCUUUAUCCAAGGACAGACCCGGAGUGCUUUCUAUUUAUGCCCAAAACAGGAGUGAGCGUGUUGAAAAGGACAGAGAGCAGCGGCUAGAUUUGUCCAAAAACAACAGAGGCUGGCCCUGCCGUCAUGGCUGGGUGAACACCAGCCCUGCAGGCUGUCCUCACCAUCCUCUCAGUCCUCUGAGGCAAACACAUGAAGCAUGAGGGCCUGAAAGGGAGCGAUACAGAGCAAGCCCUACGAUGGGCUCCACUUACAGAGGAGAUGACAAAUACAAAAACUAAACUAAAGCCAGGAUCAUUUCAGCUGUUAUUUUAGGUCUAGUAUUUGUCUUCAAAUUAAAACUGCUUCCUAGUUUAAAACCAAAUUUAGUCUUUUUUGUCCUUUAUGGUUUUUGUGUAAAAUCCAAAACAUGUGAGUCAAAAUGUUUUCCGUUUUCAAAGUUAUUCAGCUGAUUGAUGAGAAAUUGGAAUCAAGGCUAUACUGAGAGUUAAAUCUGCAAUGUCUCUCUCAUAACAUUUUUACUUGUGUGAAAUUUGAUUAGAGCGGAGGGGGUCUCAUGCCCCCAAUGUUCUCAAGUCUAAGUAACACCCAUGGACAAGCACUCAGUUCACUUACCUUCUUCUGCAUCUCCAUCUUUGAUAGUUAAGAGUUAUUAAUUUGGUUUAGUGGCCUACAUAUGAUCCUGCAGUCUCCAAACUAAAUUGAGGUUGUACAUUUAUCAUUAUCUUAAACAUGUUAUUUGGUGUAAAAUAUGUUUGUAGUUGCACUUUGUUCAGUUUCAUUCCCUUUACCUCUGAGGUUUCUGUCAAAGCUGACCUGCACAUGUAAGCAGAGCUGAUGAUGAUUGACUCAUUGUUGGUCACGUGUGUCUGUGCAGGGCUUGUUUUUUGUAGUGUAAAUCAUGAGCUCCUGUUGACACUUACUGAUUAUGAUUCUGAACAAAUAAAGUAACCCACAAAUACAAUCUCACACAGCAGGAACAGACUCCUCGCUGCUCCAUGACCAUGACUGACUUUCUGAGUCCUUGUUUCUCUUCCUUCAUCUCCAGACACAACAUCUCCUUCCCUGUCUCUUCUUCGUCUCCUUCAGGUUAACUUCAGCCCAUCUCGUUUAUUUGACUCCCCAGCCUCUCAUCCUUUUUUUCCCUUCUCAAUGCCGCCCUUAACUUUUCAUUCACCGACAAGGCUGUUUCUAAAAUGAGCAAAAACAUUAGAGAAAUGAAAAUGCAAAAAGUGGGCAGAGAACUGUCAGUCUUUUUUAUGGCGUUAUUGUCAGCUUGAUGGUCCAUCUGCGUCUGAUAACUCAUGACGUAGCAGGUUUCAAUCCAUGCUGAUCUAUUAUCCUGUCAGUUCUUUUUUAAAGAGAUGUUCGUCAGUAUUGAAAAACUCCUCCACAGGAGCCCCUUUUCAUGCUUAUCUAAAGACUGAGGCUGAGGAAACAUCUGGAGGUGCAAAAAAAGGACUUAAUAAUGCGCUGCAGUCGCUUCAGCCACCACUAAAGGCUGGGUAGGACCACAGACUGUAAAUAAAAUGGACGUUGACUGCCUCCUCGCUUGGUGAAGCUGCCAUGAGAAUAGCAUCCCCUGGUGACUUGUUGUAAUAUAGAUCAUAAAUCCUGCCUCCUCCAGCAAAAUGAAGGGAGAUGUGGACAAACUUUAGAAAUUAAUUUCAAGUCAUAUAAUUUAUUUUUUAUCUAAUUUUUAAGAGUUGCGUGGAUCAUCUGGGGGGAAUGCAGUUUGUGCAGAGUGUCAUCACAAUGUUCUCCCGCCAAAUGCUACUGCAUAAAUGCCAGUUUUAGGAAAUUAUCUGUGUCACGACAACCAAUCAGCAUGAAGAUUUCCAGGUGACACAUGAAAACAGAGCAGAAGAUCUUCACUGGUGUGGAAAGUGGAGGAAAAGCUUAUCGUGUUGGUGUGCGGGUCCCCGGAGCUGUUUGACACAAUGUGUUGUUUUUAUAAAAACAGGAAUAAAAAGAAGCUCUUCUGGAGGAGAGUGAGUAAGGAGGUCUGAUUAUCUGGUUAAUUGUAAUUUUCGUAUUUAACGUUUACCUUCUUUGUUAAGAAUAACAGCUCUGUGACACAAGGGUCUAUUUUUGUGUCUGCCAGGCGGCGUGGCGGAGGGUGGCAGACCCUGCGCAGUGGUAUUUUCGUCUGGCGAAGCACGGUGCACAGCCAGUUUGGUAUUUUUCAUAGACUGAGGCGCAUCGAGGUCCACCAAGCUGGGCGUGGUGGCGCGGCAGGGGGAGGUGUCGACAGAAUCAGCUGGCGCAGUGACAUUUUUGUGCUCACAGCCAGCGUGGAAAGUAAGUUGAAAGCUUGCUGAUUCAAACCUGGUAAUCUUUCAGCGCAGGCAGAGCGCAGCUGGUCUAGUGGUAUUUUAGUUGUGUGCAUAUGUCACCGAUGCCUCACCGGUAGGUUUCCACAGUGUCAGGCACAUUUCAGUUCAAUAAAUAACAACAACCAAUAUUCUGAGUCAGCACAUAAAUUUAGAUCUAUAGAUAUAUUCUGAUCUAUGUAGCAAUCAAGACAACCCUGUAUGUGAAACUCACACAUUCCUCGCAGGAAAGUUUUCUUAUCUGGUCCCAGGACACAGGAUAUAAAUCUUUCCAGACUUGUUUGCACUCUCAGGUUACCUAACUGACACGACCAGAGGUUGACCAAACCUCUGACUCUUCACGAUUGGUCAAUUCGGAGAACAGAGACAGAGUUUUUAUUACCUUUCAAACUGACUCCAUCGCUGACCAUCUAAAUAAACAUUAACGCCUCAACCCAGAUCUUCCAUUUAAGAUUUACCACCUUAAAUAUACAGACCCCAAGAUAAGCUCUGAGGAGCAGGACACUGACCUCCAGACCUCGGUCGUAAAACCCUGCUCAACCAUGUACUGAUAAAAACUGCAUUCCUUUGGAGAAAGAAUACAAAUGACUGAUCAUGACAUCUUAUGCAUUCAGCAAUGUAAUAAUCUGUCUUAUCAUGAAAUUGGUGUUAAAAUGAGAUGUUUCCCAUUUUUCUAUGUGCUCCAGAAGCCAAGUUAUCACUCUGACAAAAUAAAUCCAUAAUUCUUUAGUUUCUUUAGACCAACAGCUUUUCAGACUGUUUUAUGAACUUUUAAGAGUUAAAAUUUAUUGAAUAUGAAUCAUUACUUUAAGUAACAGGAAUGGUUUAGAAAUGUUUGGUUUAUAUUUUAAUCAUUUAUUUAGUAUUUUUAACCUUUUGGUGGUUAUAAUGUCACUGAAUAAUCUGAAUGUCAGUAUUUAGAAUCCAUUAUUAAUCAUGAUGACGUUCAUUCACAUGUGUUUACUCUUUUGUUGUUCACAGUUUCUAUGUGUUACUAUCUGUUUCAUUUCAGAGUAAUUUAGCAUGUUCAAUGUGAUACUUAAACAUAAUGAGAAUGUUGAAUGUGAUCCUACAUUUCAUUCAUAUGUGUUUAGUAUCAAAUCUUUUUCAUGAAACCAAGCAUUCAAUGAUAUUAAUCAUAGUGAGUGAGUAUCAGAUCUGACUCUUUUACCAGCCAAAAGUAUAAGUUUGAUCAAAUAAUUAGAGAUCCGAGGUCUCCUCUGCUUGGAGACAUCACGACCGCUCCUCUUUCUCCUCACACGCACAUGCCAGAGACACUCCCAGUGUGAGAAGAUAAAACCAGAAAGUGGGGUUGCUCUUGUACCCUUUUUCUCUUGUUCGUUUAUUCUCUUACACCCGCUUCUUCACUCACUGUCCACACCCUUCUGUGUUCCUCUUCUUUGUGUUCUCUUAGCUCUUUCUCUUAGUCUUCUAAGUUUUACGCCACGUAUUGAGUCACGUUGAUUUUUCUUUAACAUCGUCUUAGUUCAAGUUUUAAAACUUCAACCUUUUGUGCACAUAGCAAUUCAAGAUUAAGCCUUUGAUAGAUUUUUCUUUAAUUUCGUGAAGCCAUUUUUCAAAGUUUCCACUGGUCAUCGAACCUCUUUUUUCCUGAGUUAUCUGCGUGAUUUCAAAGUCACCUCUGAACGCAACCCAGCAGGCCCAGGUCAUCCUCUGUGCCAGAGUUUUUGAGUGAGACCAAAGAAGCAUCCAAACGAGCAUCCACAGGAUCCACAGGCGCCGGCUUUGCUUCGGGCCUGAGUGCUACAACUCCUGGCCCAUCCUUCGGCUGACUUCAGUUGUCUUCUGAGCUGAACCGCUCGAACCGCCGGUAGCCCUGGACCUUCGGAACCUGCUCCAUCUUCUCCAAGGACCAGUCUCACUUAAGUAUGCAAACCUCCAGAGCUCCAAAGAGGGCUGAUGCUGUCUCAUGCGGUCGUAACUCAGAUAUCCAUCUAUUCUGGUAAUCUUAGAUUCCUCCAAAUCCACAUCCAAAUUUAUCUCAACACCAAAGUUAGUGUAGGUUAAUAUGUUAGAGCAUAUUCACUCACUAUCAUUAACUUUAGUGCUCCUAGCUUGACUCAGAAUCUUUAUUUAUUCACCUAUUAUUAUUUAUCCUCAUUAUCUUAUCAUCAUUUAUUGCAUGUAUGUUGUACCAUCAUUUAUCCUGUAAUAAACAGAUAAUUAUUUUUCAAGUUCUGGUCUGUUAGUGUUCUUCCAGAAGUGGAGUCCCUGAAAUGAGAAUUUAGGCUUAAGAUAUGAGAUUGAUUAAUUUAAGAUUGACUUGAUGCUUGAUAUCUCAAUUAAACUUUAGUUUUCUUUAUUUUCCCACCAUUAAGGGUGGGUGGUGCCCCUUUUAACGAGUGCAUAAAUGUCAUAACUUGAGAUUAUUAAUCUUCAGACAUUUAUUAUAAAUUCAAAUCGCUACAUCUAUAUCUGAUCUGAUGAGCCCGUUUGGCACGAGUUUGGACACACAAUCUGACCGAAUCAACACAGCUGAAACCACAUUAAAUUAAAUAACCGGUAAACAGUCACACAUGAUGAAGUUGACAUUUAAUUUUUCCCAUUUUCCUCCUUUUUCUCGCGCAGCUCAACUUGGACAUGUCUCCAUGUCUUCUCCCCGUCCUGACAAAUCAGCGGCUGAACAGAUGAUUUAUUUUAGUAAUCAGAUGAGUUAUUUACUACAAAAAUUUGAACAAAAAAAAAAAGAAAAGAAACUUUCAUUCAAAAUAACCUGUUUAUCUAAUGUCCUCACAUCCUUAAAAUUAUGUGAAUAUUCAAUCUGGAGUUAGGCUUACAUACAUACUGUAUAUUAUAAUAUUCAGUUGUGUCAGCUAAAAUCAUUGCAUAUGCCAAAAUCAGUGAAAGAGAGAGCCAGGCCACAGAGCACAAUGCGUCCUUUACACACGGGUGGUUCCGAUUUUAUUGCCAUUAUUGGAAUUUAUGUUGUGAUCUGUGCGCACAACCCUCUCAUGUGUCCUCUCCCCGUCCUGCUGUUGCUACGGUGGCAAGGCUGACCAGGGGCCUUAUGUAUCAACGCUUGCGGCGCAAGAAAACCUUGCGUACGCCAAAAUCGGCGCACACGUCCAGAUUUAUCAUCGCGAAACGAGCGUCGGUUCCAGCGCUAAUCAACGCUAGUUAGGAGGUGGUGUAGAAAUUGGCGUUGAGCCGAUACUUGCGUUGACUGUGAUUCGCACUUUGGCGACGCUGUGUGGCGGUGUUUGGUGACUCACUAUGUGACAAGCGUGCACCACAUCCCCGUGGCCGAGCAGCACGUCGCCCCACAUGACGAACCAGCAGCAGACUGAGGGAUGCGAGCUGAUCCCGGCCGGGCCGCCGUCCUCGCGCGGGAGAAUCUCAUCGCCACAGUGUGAAUGGGUAAGAAGUGAAUACACAGUUCAAUGAGCCAAAUUAAUUUAUUUUCUCCACCAGACGCUCGAGGACAUUUACGAGCUGGUCCAGCCGCUCGUUGAUCCCCGCGAUCCCCCUGAUGAUUUCUUCCUGCGAUUGCAGGACCCCCUCCGCGAGGACCCUUCCACUGCGUCCGGGUGGUCCAGCGGAAGCGCUGCGGCUGGUGGACGCUCCACCGCUUGUCGGCGCGCUGGUGCUGUUGCUGGUGCUGGUGCUGGGGCCGGGGGCCGGGGUGGCCCGAAUGCCGCUGGUCCUGGCCGACGACUCCGAGCCGGCGGACGGGCUGCCGCGGGCCGGGGUUCCGCAAGCCGGCAACACGGCAGACACAUUGAUUUCUGUGACACAAUAAAAAUAUUGGAUCGUUUCAAUUCCUGCUUCUGUGUAUCUGCUGCAUUUACAUCUAUCUCCACGGUAUCAUAGGUAAUGUAAUCCAGUAUUUCGAGGUCCGUUAUGCACAUUACAGUUGUUUAUUGCAUAAAAAGUUAUCGAAAAAUGAAGUUAAGGACGAAGUAUAAAUCACGUCUAAAAAAUAGACUGAAUCCCGACGUUGAAAUGAAGUAUAAACUUAGACUAGACGUCUAAUAUACAUCUUUUGCUCAGUGGGAUGGCAAAGCCUGUGGACAUUUGUGUGACACGCCACUUACCCUAUAAUAAUAAUCACCACCACCCGCUGCUCAAACGGCAUGAGGGUCUCCUCCCCCGGACCCCCACCUGUCUGGCCGGUACUCCUCUGGAGGGCAGCUGUACACCGCUUGACCUCCACCUUGAGGUCCGACCACUUUUUUUUAAUCUUGGCGGGGGUGCGUGUCUCGGAACCCACCGCAUUCACCCUCUCGCAAACUUUCUCCCACUCCAAGCGUUUUCGUUUUGCACUGAUGCCACUAGACAGGCUGCCAAACAAAACACGCUGUCGCUCCUCCACCUCUGCCACCAGCACCUCCACCUCGCACGCCGUAAAUUUAGUUUUUCUUGUCAUUUUGUCUGCGUGCGAGGACAGGGAGACCCUAUUUAAAUAAAUCUGCAUAUUUAUAGGAGGGCGUAACGGGGGCUGGCCCGCUCACUCCGACAUCUGCGCUCAAUUCCACGCUGAUUGGGAUUUAUCAAGGAAACACACGUGGCUUUCAGCGCCCGCACACAUUGAUACAUACAGAUUUUUUUCAGCGUGACGGACCUUGCGUGCGCUUGUUUCUGGUAUGAGUCCCACGCAAGUCUUGAUACAUGAGGCCCCAGAUGAGUUAUUUACUACAAAAAUUUGAACAAAAAAAAAAGAAAAGAAAAUUUCAUUCAAAAUUACCUAUAUAUCCGAUGAUUUUACAUCCUUAAAAUUUGGUAAAUAUUCCAUCCUGAGCCAGGCCCACAUACGAAUAUUGUAAUAUUCAGUUGCGUGAACCAAAUUUAUUUUAUAUGCCAACAUCUGCAAAAGAAACAGCCAGGCCACGGUUCGUGAUGCAUCCUUUACACACAGGUGGUUCCGAUUUUAAUGCCAUCUUUAUUUGUGAAAACAGAUGUUUGUCUUACCAGUGGGUCCAACAAUACACACACCAAAUCCCUCUGUGCUUAUUUGAGAAAGUGUGGAGGAUGCCCUCUGCAGCGCCUACAGUGACACUUGUUGAGGGGCUGCCUUCUGCCACCAUCAUGUGGUGUUGUUGUCAUUAGCCAUCUCUCUUCGACUACUGCACGAAAAAAUUGUAAUACGCCUUGCCGAGGUGGAUUUUAAGGUGAGAGGAGGAGCUGAUCUGAUUGGCGAGAACAGGUUUCGGCUGUGUUAAAUCCACUCCACACCUUCUCCCCUACCUCUCUACGAUUUACGCCGCUGGGAGGAGCUAAGUUCGGGAGGGGGGAUACCUAUGCCUGGCUGCGCAGCUCACCAAAAUACCAAAAUGUGCUUGGGCAUGCCUUGUUGGCGCAGCAGACCUGACUUAUGCCACGCCUACACCACGACGCCAGCGAGGCACGAAAAUAGAGCCCACAGUCUUGAUUUUAUUCAGGUCUUGGGAUCUUGUACAGAUCAUACCUGGUUUGUCCAUAGGGGGCACCAAAGCUGACACAAGUUCCUGACAGGAGCUCUAAAGGCACAGCUGUAAACAUGUCCCACAAUAACAGGGUGAUUUUAAACUCCUCUUUGACAUUUUCAAACUCUAGAUGAACUUUACUUUGUUGACCAGUUUUUAGUUUAAUAAAAGCUGCCUCCACAGAUCAACAUAAAUAAGUUGUGUACCAUUUCUCUUUGACUUCAAAUGUAAUCCAGCUGUUCCAAAAAUAGCUUUCUUUUGGUCUGAAAACCUUUACACUUCAGAGACUCUGUCAGUCUGAUUUCUUUAUCUGAUAUGAGGGAUCUGCUCUCAGUGUUGCAGUGAAUGAACAUCAUGUUUUCAUCGAUAUGUUUUAAAAAGAAUCCUCUGAUUAGAAAACAUGUCAGUGGUGUGAAAUCGGCCUCAUUGAGUGUGUUUUUUCUUUGUCCUCCAUCCUGAAAUCUCAGCUUGUUUUUCAGUUUUUGGAGGAGCUGUGGAGAUAUCUUUCACAGGAGCACACUGCAGAAUCAUUAUCCCCUGAAGGUUCCCACAAUUAUUCAUCCAGCAUGCUCCCUGCCGACACAAAGCUAUAUUUAGGUUUGCCAAAAUGACCUCAUCGCUGACUGACGGGCACAUACACAUUCUGGAUGUUAAUAGCUCAGUAUCUGGGUUUGGCAGAGACGACAGCAGACACACACAGCGUGGGUUUGUUUAUAUUCCACAGCAUAGCUGUAGCGGACCUGUUUUCCUGUUUUUCUGCGGCUGCUGGAGGACGGCUGUCCUCAAUAGCAAAAAAAGAUAAAAGAUGACAGAACAGCUAAGUUUAGUCUGUGCCGCUGGGCCUGUGCUGAUGCACUGUUCAUAAAGCUGCUUGGUUGGUAGUUUGAUUCUGAUACCUUCAGUCUUACGCCAAAGCAUCUCUGAGCAAGACUCUAAACACAACAGUGCUCCAGGUGACACAGUCAGCAGAGUAUAAAUGUGAAUGAAUGGGAUCCCUUUAUACUGAUGGUUUCUCAUUGUAGCAGUCUGAAUGAGUGGAUGUGGUGAGCUGAGUAAAAGCACUUUACAAGUACAGGGACAAUGACUAUCUCUAUACAAUGACACUGGUUAUAACACGACCCCCAGCCUCGAAAAUGAAGCAAUGUUACUUUAUAAAAAACAUAAUGGAAAUAAAGCAAUAAAUGUUUUCAUUCAACAUUCAAAUAAACUUAUGCUUCAUAAGUGUACAUCAAACCUUGAAAGGAUGCUUAAAAUGCGUUUCUUCAAGGCUUUUCUACAACCCUUUGCCUCAGUAUGUUGUAUCAUACUUUAUUUCUUAUUUCCACUUCAGAGUCCUGUCCGUUUUUAAUGCAGUGCUGCCUGAGGGUCUGAAGAUCAGGACCAUCCAGUCUUGGUUUUGGUCCUUGUCCCUUUAGUACAGAGAUUUCUCCAGAUUCUCUGAAUCUUUUGAUAAUAUUAUGUUCUGUAGAUGAUGAAAUUCACUCAGUUUUUGCAGCCGAGAAAUCUUUUUAUUUAGAGUGAGCUUCUGCCAGUCAUGUUUGUAACCGGUUGGAAAUCCACCAAAUUUUUUUUGGAGCUGUUCACCUGAGCGUUUUUAAGCGUUACACAACUUAGUUAUUAUUUGUCCUUAUCUUCACUUUUUAAAAUGCGUUGCUUGAAUCCAAUUUAAAGUGAACGUUUUAUAAGAUUACAAAAAGUUGCAUAGCUACCAAAGUCUUUUGGAAUUGGUGUUGCAUGUUGCGUGUGUAAUUUUGGUUAUUUGCUAUUGUAAGGUUUAGGGUCUUUGAGAGACUAAUACACCAUAUGGCUCCUUAAUAUGGUUAAGUAUGGGCACCCCUGCUCUGGGCAGAACAUGUCCCACUUUAACAAACUGGUCAGAGGGGAGUUUUAUAAUGCAUUUAUUACUGUCCAUGGAGUAAAAUGUUGUUUUAUCUCUCUCUAUAGUCAUAAAUAAAUCAUAUACAGCAUGUUCCCUCCAACAGACCGCUGACAGGACAGAUCAGCGUCAUGUCCCUGAAGUUUAGCUCAAGAGAUGACCAGCCUUUCUGGACUGCCUUGAUGGCCCUAAAAUCUCUGAAAACGUCAGAGCAGAUUUAUCAAGCGUUGUUUGAUCAAUGGAAUGUGUAUCUGAAAUGCUUCAUCUCCACAGUCAGCUGGGGUUGCUAUUUUUAUCCCACAUAAAAUAAAAGAGUCAUCAGAGAUGAGAGAGCGGUCUGCAGGUCCUUUGUGGUCUUUUUUAGGAGUGUGCAUGCUGGUGACUUUGAGACGAACUCCAUUUUAGGGAGAUUUAAAUCUGAGAACAGGGUUUGUCCAUUGAGGACCUAAUGAUAGCUCUAAGAGCGGGUGAGCUGCAGCAUCCUGACAGGUCACCCAGCUGACACUCUCUAUUUUUACUGCCCCAUCACUUGCUCUGCACCCUCUUUAUUAUUCAUCCUCUGCUCCCUAAUGCAUUCAGCAUGGAUGGACAGCCGCAGAAUAUUCAACCCAGGUGAGAAAAUGAUGAAUAUUCAUGUACUGAGGGGCUUUUCACAUCCUGACAUGGUUACAGCUGAAAAUAGGGGGAUGCAAAAGGAGCUGGACACUGGCUCUCUGCGGGGUUAAGAAAAGACAGAUCCAGGAGGAGCAUCGGUGGAUUUUCAUCCGUCAAACCUUUUAUUCCUCUUUACUUCCCAGAAUACAUUUGCCUACGUGCACUCAUUUUAGAUUCAACUACUAAGUACAUGGAGGAGAAAUGAUGGCUUCGUUUUUUUCAUUAUAUCACUUUCUUUUCGCUGACCCCAACCGAUACUUUUGUUUGCAUUUUGGUACUGUCUAAAGUAAACUUGUGGUAGCCUGGACAGUAAAAAGCCUCAGACACUCGUCACUGGUGCCAAAGAAGAAGAGGUUAAGUCUGCCUGCUGGGUUGCUCUAGGUUGUGUUUUUCUCGGCCAAGAAUUUGCACUUGAGCGCCCAGAGCCCGAGGAAGUCUGGAGUGUCUGAGACCACACUGCACCUCUGGCUCAGCUGUCAAACAAACAUGCAUCGCCCAGCCCGCCCAGAAACAUGUACAAUAACUGAAGCAUCAGGGAUUUGGGGGAAACAUGCAGGUUAACAGCAGGGUAACCAUCAGAUAUCACAGUCCUGUACAAAAGCUAUUCAGCAUUUAUAGCUUUGUGCCCACUUUUCCUCCAAAGUUCUCCACAGGAAACAGAGCUGAGUAUAAGUGCAGAUCAAAUGAGCCUGUGCAUCCUUUUCUUAAGGUCAUUUGAAUUUAAUUUUGUGGGGGGAAUUCGCUGAGAGCUCAAAUGGCACCCUCACUGUCUGCUCUGCCCCAAGGUCAGAUUCACAAAACAUCUCAUCCUGGUGACAUUCAAGCACAAAAAAAAAGAUGCAUGCAAGGCUUUGCAGCUCUGUGCAGUUUGCUUUGUGUGGCAUCUAAUUCAAGGGAUGAGCUCUCAGCAUCCCUUCCUCUGUGCUGUUUAGAGCUGCACUGUGCACCAUUAUCUUGAACAGGCUCAUCAUCAUGCCCUCAUUAAUGACAGGCUGAAUGGGGUCACUAGUUAAUGAUAGAGUUGACACAGGUUUAGCAGUUAAUAUGCAACCUAUUUUCUGGAGGAAUCUAUGGCGGAGCAACUUUCUUUGGAUUAAAACAACCAAAACCAAAACCAAAAGCUCUCAGUGCACAAUGGCACAGCUGGUAUGUGCAGAGGUUCAGCCAGUGACACCCCAGGCUGAUUUAACCCCUGUUUGUUGUGAUAACAGUAAUUUCAAAGAUAUAUUAUUUUCAGGUUAUCCUGAGGAACAAUCACUGCAAUAAUCAAGUUUGAGCAUGACAUCCCUUUUUAAUUCUGCAGGGCAGUCACUGCUUAAUUUCAUUUUCACUGUCAUGAUGUUUCUGGCAGUGAGUGACAAAUUCUCCCCCAAAUAAAGGCAUCAUGUCUUAUCUAAAUGUAUACAAAUAACACUGGCACACAGUGAAGCUGUCUGCUCUGCAGUGCAGUCUGUGAGGCAUUUCACUCUUAACCUUUGUGUACUCUUUGUAAUUUACAAUAUGUUUUUUUUUAAAUAUUUCAUUUGCACAGGUUUAUCUUGUGCACAAGCUGGGCUAUCAUUUUGUGACUUAGACACACUGCUGGACUCACUUUUUUGCAACUUUGUAUGAAAGUACAGUACAGGCCAAAAGUUUGGACACACCUUCACAUUCAAUGUCUUUUCUUUAUUUUUUUAUAUGACUAUUUACAUUGUAGAUUAUCACUGAAGGCAUCAAAACUAUGAAUGAACACAUGUGGAAUUUUGUACUUAUAAAAAAGUGUGAAAUAACUGAAAACGUGUUUUAUAUGCUAGUUUCUUUAAAAUAGCCACCCUUUGCUCUUGAGGACAGAAGUACUUAGUGACUGACUCUGUUAGUCAUGAAGUAACCCGGACAAGGCACACCUGUGAAGUAAAAACCAUUUCAUGACUACCUCAUGAAGCUCAUUGAGAGAACAGCAAAAGUUUGCAGCGCUAUCAAAAAAGCAAAGGGUCGCUAUUCUGAGGAAUCUAAAUUAUAAAACAUGUUUUCAGUUAUUUCACACUUUUUUCUUAAGCACAUGAUUCCACGUGUUCAUUCAUAGUUUUGAUGCCUUCAAUGAGAAUCUACAAUUAAAAUAGUAAUGAGAAUAAAGAAAAUGCAUUGAAUGAGAUAAUGUGUCCAAACUUUUGGCCUGUACUGUAUAUGAGGGGUGCGAAGAUUGUUUGUUUCCUUUAUUAGUUGCACUGCCAGAUUUGCAGUUUGAAUGAUUUCAGCAUCGUGUCAACUGGAAACUGCUCAUCCAUUAACCUUGUAAUAAUAAUUUGGCGUUACAGUAUAUAAAUGUCACAUGCCUGUAUGGUUUUAAUGGUUUGCUGGCAUGAGGUUUAAUUGUAUUUGCUCUUUUAAAUAUGCCUGACAAAGCCAGACACGGACGUUUGGGACUGUAACAGAGCCCUCCCUCUGCUCCAGGACAAACUGAAUGCCAGAUACUGACUCUCAAAUCAAAAACUAUAACUGAAAUAAAAUGACUCAAUCAACAUUUUUCUCCCAAAAUGUCAGACCAAACUGUCUUCUCCUUCAGAUGUGAGACUUCAAAGGGGGAGGACACGAGUUUCACCAGUUUGCCAGGGUUUUAGUGUUAAUUCUUAAUUACUCAUAGUUGUAAUUAAGAUUAAACACGAGGCCUUUCAAAGGGAGUGGCGCUGCAGUCAUGACUCCAGCAGUGCAGAGGCAAUUAUGGGAAAGAAACUGAUAGCUCAGUUCCAGUCAAGAUGUAAAGGGAUUUGUGUGAUUGAAGGCAGAGAAGGUAGGGCGUCUGAAGAGUGUGUGUGUGGGGGGGGGGGGGGGGGACAUAUUGUUCAUUAUUUUAAAAAGUGAAGUGAUUUUGGAGUCCAGUUAUGUAAGGGAACACUGCUUUAGAGACAGAUACAUACAACACACUUGCACUCUAAACUUGUCAGAAGCAGCAGCUGAGUCAGCAGCCCGAGGCCUCAGGAUCUGAGGAUCUAGGUACCCCUCCAGCUUCAGUUGUGCACAUGCAGCGCUCUGUGGUCAGGAUAUUUUAAAUAAACAUGUAAGAAUUGGUUAGACUCUCCAAAUGCAGCAGAAAAAUCAGGGAAAAAUCUAAACAGACUUUUAAAGCAAAGCUGGCCAAGUAUGACCUCGAGAAUUGCAAGCUUAACAGUGUUACCUAAACCUUCAACACAUAAGCCCCUCCAUGGGUUUCAGGCUACAGGCAUGAACCCCGCUGGGACAAUGGAUCUCCCUGAGAGCAACAAAAUUUUCUCUUGGACCAUCCUCUAAUCCCAACAGGAAGUCCAGAAACUUCAGUUUAGAAAAUGAUUUUUUUUUUUUUUUUUUAUGGCAUAGGGUGGGGCCAUGGCGUGUCAUCAAACUUUGAUGUUUGAUGUUAAUAACUCUUAUAUAAAUGACUGAAUCUGCCUUUAUGAUUUGUUAUGCACUGUGAGGAAGAUUCCUAAUUAUAACAACUCAAAGCCUCACCCACACCUUUGCUUACUUUGAUAUAAUAACAACACCAAUAAUCCUAAUUAAGAGCAGAAGAAGAUGAUGAUAAAAAGCCUAAUCAAUUUAACUCCAACAUAACUCAUACCCUAACCCAACAUUAUAAUCCAUCCACCCAAGGUUCUACAGUUAAUCUUAUAGAUGUGAUUUUAACCAUUUAUCUGACUCUGCAUGCCUCAUCUCCUCAUCUCAAAAAGUGCAAUCACCUUCAGAUUUAUAACCAGGAGGUUCCCACCCGAUGAUCUAAGGCUGCAGUCUGAUUUUUAAGAAGUCAAAAAGUCUGAUAUGUAGCUCAUAGCCAAGCCCAUAAGAGAUUUAAAAAUGAUAAAAUCUUGAGUGACAGAGAAAAUCGGUUUUAUAGUCUGUUAGCAAUAUGACCUUUUUUUCCACUUUUUUUUAUUUUUACAUGUUUCAAAUGUAAAUUCAGAGUCAAAAAUGGCUUCUCAAUUUGGCUUUUUGUUGGCAGAUUAGGGCUCCAAGGUGGCUUUCAAAGAAAUAUCAAUGCUUUGAAUGACACAUGCAGGCCUGACAGGAUCUACAGUACAGUCCAAGAGUUUGGACACACUAUCUCAUUCAAUGCAUUUUCUUUAUUCUCAUUACUAUUUUAAUUGUACGUAGAUUCUCAUUGAAGGCAUCAAAACUAUGAAUGAACACGUGGAAUCAUGUGCUUAAGAAAAAAGUGUGAAAUAACUGAAAACAUGUUUUAUAAUUUAGAUUCCUCAGAAUAGCGACCCUUUGCUUUUUUGAUAGCGCUGCAAACUUUUGCUUUUCUCUCAAUGAGCUUCAUGUGGUAGUCAUGAAAUGGUUUUUACUUCACAGGUGUGCCCUGUCCGGGUUACUUCAUGACUAACAGAGUCAGUCACUAAAUACUUGUGUCCUCAAGAGCAAAGGGUGGCUAUUUUAAAGAAACUAGCAUAUAAAACACGUUUUCAGUUAUUUCACACUUUUUUAUAAGUACAAAAUUCCACAUGUGUUCAUUCAUAGUUUUGAUGCCUUCAGUGAUAUUCUACAAUGUAAAUAGUCAUAUAAAAAAAUAAAGAAAAGACAUUGAAUGUGAAGGUGUGUCCAAACUUUUGGCCUGUACUGUACAUAUACUUCAGUUCAUGGUGAAGCAGCAUUGCUGUAGCCGCUGCAGAAGUCUAGUUUCUUAGCCCCUGUUGUUGCCACAGGUCUCACAAGGUGCAAAGAUGUAAGGGCCGCUCGGUGCCACUUGCAGCUUCAAUAACACUGUUUUUUAACCUCAGUGGCAAAACUGUAAGGGGUUCACAGUUGGUUUACAGCUGUACCCUCGUGAGCCUUUCUGGUUGGAUAGGACCUUCAGCUCAGCUUAUUGGGUGGCCACUGUGUCCUGUUGGAUGUUGAGUGGGUUCAAUUUCAUCCCUGCUGAACGCCAGAGGCGAUGCUUAGAGCACUGAAUAUUCCCUUCGCGCAUGUGUAGUUCGAGUAUUUAUACCAAAAUGGUUACGUGUGAAGAGUCUAUAACUUCCAGAGGCCAUCAAGGAGUCAGUCCCUUUUCUCUUCUCAUGCGAUUGAGUUGCAAAACUUUUCUUGCUUGCUUAAUGAUAAAGCUGCACUAAAAUCUAGAGUUGCGGGUAGCUCCUUGAUCAUAUAAAUUGGUCAGAGCAGCGAGUGUUCGCCCUCCAGGAACUGCAACUUCGAUUGCUACUUCCAGAGCUUGCUAUUUCACCUGGAUGCUAUGGACUUAGCGUCUCACCGGCCCCUCCAGGCAGCAGUAAGUAUGAUUGCUAGCGGUGCUAUCCACGUUUGAGAAGCUAAUGUUGGGGCGAGUGUGAUUUUGUGUUCGUGUCCUCCCUCUUUUGUUACAAGCUGCAUGCGCAAUGCCUUCCUCCAGUUAAUGUCUUUUCGUUUGCUUCAAGCGGUACUGUUAGCGCUCUGUUGCUGCUUCAAUAAAACGUAUUGGUUUUCUCUUCUUUCUUUCCCUAAAUUACGCUGUAUUGCUACAGCGGCAUUUAAUUUUCUGGGUUGUCUCUGCUGUAGACGGCAAGCAGUGGCGCUUCCUGUUCCAAGCAUAAGGGUUUGAUUUGGUUGCUCGAUUGACGCUGGGUUUUUUUUAUUUUUGUUUUUUGUUUCGAAAUUCUUUUUUUUACUUAGAUCCAAAUAACAUCAAGAGUUUUUUGCAAUGUGCGAACUCUUGGUCUUUUGCUAUACAGCUACUGGGUGUAGCUUGUGUUUUUGUUGGUUGCCUCUGCUUGUGCAGGCAGCUACACGCUCCCUCCUCCCAGCCUAUGGCCCCUACGGUGUAGCUACUCGCUAACAGCAGGGUUUUCUUUCGUGUUAGGAAACUUCCUGAUUGCUAGUUAAUGUUAAUAUUUUCCCUCAGCUUGUGGCCUCUACUGUAUAGCUAACUACAAGUAGUUGAUGGUCUAUUUGAAAUAGAAAGCAUUAGUUUGUAUGUUAUACUUAUAUCUCUAUAGAUACAUUUAUUAGUAUUAUAAUCGUCAUAAUUACUUUUAUCAUUAUCAUCAACACCAGUGCUAUUAAUAGUGAUAUUAAUGAUAAUGAUAAAAAAGAGAGAGUGAGACAGGCUAUAAUCACUCUCUGGUGACAGCCUCUGCUGGGGCAGGCAGCGUACAGCUCCCUUCCCACAGCAAGUGCUUGCAAACCAGCCAAUUAUAGCCUCUGCUGGUGCAGCAGUCUCUCUGACAGCCUCAGCCAUUCAUUUUCAUGAGUAUGAGGAAGACACAGUAGGCAGUAUAUCCCAGAUGUCAGACUUGGGCUCCUACUCCUCUGGCCAGAGCUCCAAGACGGAGACAGAAGACUGCUCUAUGCACACAGUUAUGUGUAUGGCCUUGGAGCGCCAAAACUUGGAUGUCUCACAGGUGGAAAACUCUGCACUGCAUGUGCUUUCUUCAGGCACAGGCCACUACCCACUGCCUUUGUUGUGCCUCAUUCAGCGGACUUCCUCAAGGAACUAAGGGCAGUUGGGCGGACACUGGAGCUGGCUCUCAUAUGUCUGCCAAUGCUCCAACCCUGGCAGCCAUGCAUAAUGCCGCGGCGGUGGGCCUGGAUCAUAUGCCGGCUGUUGAGCCAGCCAUUGCAUCCCUCAAUGUCUCCCUCGACUCGGCUCUGUGCCAGGAAAACAAGUGGCCCCGGCCCCAGUGCAGGAUAACUGAUGACCUGCUCGUUAGGGCUUAUGACUCUGGAGCAUGUGCUGGCCGCAUUGGGAACUCCCUCUCACAUCUCAUGCUUGCUCUCUCGGCCUCCUUGCAAGAAGUUGACGUAGGUGCAGGCAAUGUGAAUGGUGAUACCAUCACCCUGUGUGAUGCGGUACUCGAGGCAUUUGGCCACAUGACCCGAGAGCUCGGGCGGAAGAUGUUCACUAUUGUCCAGGCUUGAUGCCAGGUCUGGUUGUCGCAGUCAGAUCUGACUGAGGCCUUGAGGAGAGCCCCCAGGAGCCUUCCAGUGGAGCCAGAAACAGUGUUUGGCUCAGCCGCUUAGGAAGCGCUCAAGAGGACUAUUCAGGCAGGGCAGACCAGGCAACAGCUUGCGGGUCUGCGUUGCAUGCCUCCCCCAGCAUGCCUCCCCUUGGCAGAGGUAGGGCCACAACUGCCCCCUGGGGCUCACCCUCCACCACCACCUCACACUGCGGACCAAUGAUGCCCUCAGCACCCUAUGCAGGCAUAGACCCGCGACUCACGGGGACCUCAGGGGACUCAACUGAUCCCUCAAGGUCAUGCAAUUUCACAUGCUGACCACAGCAGAGGUGUUGCAGACUGUUGCCUGCAAGGAGUGGUUCAUAUCUGUGGACUUGGAUGAUGCAUAUUUACAUGUCCCCAUCGCCCCUGAACACUGCCCCUUCCCUCGGUUUUUCUAUUGAGGCCGCCACUGGCAGUUUUGGGUGCUACCGUUUGGCCUCUCUCUCUCCCCAAGGGUUUUCUCCAGGUGCGUGGCAGCCACACUUGCGCCACUACAGUCACAGGGCAUGAAGAUACUACCGUACUUGGACGAUCCCGGGCACAGGCUGCAGAGGAGACAGCAUGCCUCCUGGCCCACGUGGCCCAUCUGGGGGCUCAAGGUGAAUAUCAACAAGAGCUGCGUCGUACCAUCGCAAAUGAAAACAUUUAUUGGCUUGGCCUUAAACACCAGAACGAUGACAGCCUGUCUGUCCCUCUGCCAGGUGGACAACAUUCUAGAUCUUCUGCUCCUUUUCCAGGGAGGCAGGUGGCUGCCGUUCCUCACAUUCCUCUGCCUACUGGGCAAAUUGACUGAUUUGGAAAAUUGAUCUGUUGCGGCGGUUGUUCCGCUGGGUCUGUUAUUGCUGCGGCCCCUUCAGAGGUGGCUCAACAGCUUCCACCUAGACGCCAAGUGGCACAGAUGCAGGAGGAUCAUUGUGUUGCGUCAGUGUCUUCUGGCCCUAGCCCAGUGGAGGGACAAGACCUACAUCUCAAGGGGUGUCCCAUUGGGGUCUAUCCUGUCUGGCAGGGAGAUCGUUUCCACCGACGUCUGCCUGUCGGGUUGGGGUGUGGUGUGGCAGGGCAGGACAGCUCUUGGUCAGUGGUCUGUGGAAGGUGGUGCAGGACACAUUAAUAUGCUAGAGCUGCAAGCAGCGCACUUGGCCCUUCAGAACUUGCUGCCAUACCUGGAAGGCAAGCAUGUCCUUGUGAGAUCAGACAAUGCCUCAGUGGUGUAUCACAUCAACCACCAGGGUGGAACCAAAUCUGCGUGGUUGCUGCAGGUGUCCACAGACCUACUGACAUGGGCAGCCCCCCGCCUGGCCAGCCUACGAGCAAUGUAUUUACCGGGAGAGCAGAAGCAACUUGCAGAUUUUUUCUCCCAUCAGAAGCCUCUGUCAGGGAAGUGGUGCCUCCAUCCAGAGGUGGUGCGCACAAUCUGGGGCCACUGAAGAAAGGCAGAAGUGGACCUCUUCAUUUCAGAGGCAUCGACUCACUGCCCUCUCUGGUUUUCCCCAGCGGAGACAACCAGCCCCCUGAACCAGGAUGCACUGGCUCACCCAUGGCCAGAGGCACUUCUUUAUGCCUUUACGCCCCUCCCUCUGAUACGGCCACUUCUACAGAGGGUUCUUCAGGAGGGUCACAUCAUAUUGCUGGCAGGGGGGAAUGUGGUUUUCCCUGUUGCACAAACUCUGCCGCAGGGCAUCAUGGCAUUUCCCAGACAGGAAGGAUCUGCUCUCACAGCUAGGGGGCUAGAUCUAGCGUUCCGGACCCCACUGCCUCAAACUGUGUGUAUGGCUGCUGGGGGGCCUGAACCGCUGCUGAGCAGCUGUGGGGACCAGGUGCAACAUACCAUCCUGAACACGAGAGCACCACCCACCAGAUUACAGUAUGACAACUGGUGGAAGCUGUUUUCCACUUGGUGUCGGAAUCGGGGCGACGAUCCAGUGCACUGCCCCGUGCCUACAGUCCUGGAGUUCUUGCAGUCCCUCCUGGGUAAAGUCAGAUCCCUGUCUACCUUGAGGGUCUACUUAGCAGCCAUAUCUUGCCAUCAUGCCAGAGUCAAUGGUGUCACAGUGGGAAGCCACAGUCUGGUGUCCCUAUUCCUGAGGGGGACUCAGAGGCUGAAUCCUCCUAGAGCCCAAAGAGUUCCAGCAUGGGAUCUCAACAUCGUACUGGAUGCCCUAGGCAAGCCCCCCUUUGAGCUCCUGGCGCAGGCAGACCUGAAGUGGCUGUCAUACAAGACCACAUUCCUUCUGGCAAUUACAUCCACAAAGUGUGUCAGUGAGCUCCAUGCCCUAUCAGUCAGCAAUUCAUGUCUGAGGGAGAACUUGGACAGGUCAGGUGUCACACUAUGGCCAAACAUAGCAUUCACACCUAAACCACCACACCUGAAUACAGCUGGCCCGGUUUGACCCUCCAGCAGGAGAGAGGACAGACAGGCUAGAGCUCUUUUGUCCAGUGCGGGCCCUGAAGGCCUAUAUUGGUGCUCCUGCACACAUUUGGCGGUCUGAACAACUCUUCAUUUGUCUCCGUGGCCCUAAUGCAGGUUGCGCUCUUUCUAAGCAGCGCCUGUCCCACUGGAUCAUGGGCACUAUUGGCUAUGCCUACAAGGCCAGCAACUGCCCCGUACCAUCUGGUAUACGGUGCCACUCUACCAGGAGUGUCUCAACAUCGUGGGCUGCAGUUAAAGGGGUACCCUAGGAAGAUAUUUGCGCCGCUGCCUCGUGGGCGUUGCUGUGCACUUUCCCAAGAUUUUAUAGAGUAAAUUUUGCCACCCCUCAUCCCUUGGGUGUGGUCCUUCUCCCGGAGUCCUCUGAUACUACCCACUGAGGUUUGUAACCGGGAUUCCUUGUGACUUUGCUGGUAUUAGUCAUUCAGUGCUUUAAGCACCACCUCUGGCAGUCAGCAGGGAUGAAAUAGAACGAAAGUUACGUAUGCAACUACAGUUCUAUGAAUCCCAAGUGACCGCCAGAGCUGAUGUCACUCAGAAUCCUUGUAUUCUCACGAGAAGAUUCUGUAGGGACUGACCCCCUGAUGGCCUCCAGAAGUCAUAGACUCUUCCAGGGCAUCAGGGGUCACACAUGACCAUUUUGGUAAAAAUACUCGAACUACGCAUGUGUGAAGGCAAUAUUAAGUGCUUUCAGCACCGCCACCGGCGGUCAUUCGGGAUUCAUAGAACUGUAGUUACAUACGUAGCUUUCGUUUUUCAGGGGAAUCAGGAAACCAGGGUGAUAUAGAUUAAACUGCUUAUUUUCCUGGGUAUCAUUUUAGCUACAUGACAUGAAGAUGUUGUCUUUACCAGAACCAUGUUGUUUUCGGUGCUCAAACCUAACCAAACAGAUUAACUACGUCUGAUGGAAAGAAAAAGUUUGUAGCACAGCUGUAUUAUUUGAUAUAAGUGUGUUAAUGUAAAUAUUCUGCAGAGUUAUGACAGUCUUUUUUUUCCUUCUAGGAUCACAACUACUGCUGCCUGUAUGAUGGACCUGCGCAGAUACCCGCUGGACGAGCAGAACUGCACCCUGGAGAUUGAGAGCUGUGAGUGUCUGAGCUUUUUGUAUGUUGGUGCAAGAGUGAUAGGUGUCUUACUGCAAAGUUUGUCCAAAAAUACUAUGGAGGGCUCUGUCACAGCUGCAAAAACAAGUCAGUCAGUGUCUGAAACAUGAAGUCAAUAAAUUGAUAAAUUAAAAUCUAAGUGGUCCUAUCUUUAAAGGGUCCUCUUUGUAAGUCUGUCCCCCUUUUGGUCCACACAGUUCCUCAGGUCUGGAUCUCUUUCUCUCUUUGGUCACUGAGGUCAGGCUGCUCUUUACACCAGCUAAUGCAAACGGGCAUUUCUUGUUCAAUCAGACCUAGCUGGAGUGGUUCAUUUAAAUUAUGGAUACUCCCCACAUGCAUAGUUAAAGUCACACACAUUAAUGUAUGCCAAUAGUCCCAGUGCUCAGUUAAAGGUGAGACUGCGCCACUCAUUCUGAUAAUGAAAUAAAACACAGAGUUCAGUCAAAGUGCAGAAAAAAGUGAGCAGUGAGUGGAUCAGUGUCUGUCUACAUCUAACUAACCAGAACCAGAACCCAUCUUUGGACCUUAUGGAGGUAGCUCAGAGCUGUGUCAGCAUGUGCACCAUGAUACAUUGCACUCAUGCAGCUGCAGCUUAAUAACUGUAUACAAAGAUAGACAACAUGCCUGGUGAGAUCAUUUUGGAGCAAGGGUCUAUUUUUAUUGACGCGCAAGCUGUAGAUUAUUUAGAACAGUUUAUAUAAUAAUACAAAAAAAACAACAACAAUUGAUUAAUAAGUUUUACUAUAACCUGGAUUUAUCAGUUCUGUUCCUUGGUUACCAUGGUGACCAGCCCAACCCCAUAGAGUAAAUGAUUGUUUGGCUGGAGCAGAGACACGAGCAGCUUGUCAAACAGUACAUGUUGAUAGUCAAAACAGCCAAUAAGCUGCUGAAUAAGCACUUGGACCACCCUGACAAAGACAGAGGGUGCUGCAGCUUCACGCUGCUUAUUAUGUUCUCUCCUCCUCAGAAUCCACAAAAUAUGAAAAGACUCACAUAACAGCUGGUGAGCUAACAUACAUGUCAGCUUCUGGAUUCUCCACAUACAUGCACAUUUACCAACCUGUUACUAAUAACUGAUGCAGGGUUAAAAGAGUUUAACAGUAGUAAAUGACAGUAAGUAAAAAUAAGUUUUUAAUAAAACAAAUGCAUGUCAAAAAACUCAUACUAAUAUGGUAAUAGUUUGUGCAAAAGCUGCAGCAGCUGGUUUGCAUGAAUGUCAUAAAUCACAACACGCACAUCAAUACUUACUUAGUAGUCAAACACUGGAAUUUUUAAUUGUACUAGAGGUUUUUUGCAGCUUCUAUUCUUGGAAUAAUUGUGAAUAAAUAAGUAGGAGACUUUUGAUUCAGUAAAAAAGUUAUUUUUGUAUCUAACCUCUACAUUAGUCCAAUGAUUUUGACUUUCCACUCAAAGCACUUAUUUCAAAAUAAUCUGUAAAGUCAAAAAUAUUAAUUGGAUAAGUAAAAAAAAACAGAGGGCAGAAUCAUAACAAGGCCUUUCCAGUAAUGAGGAGCAGCUAAUUCCCUAAAAUCCUGCAGCUGGAUUUAGAUAAGAUGCUGAAUCUGAAGACAGAGACAAACUGUCCUAAUUAAAUUGGUCUAAUUACUGAAAGGGCAGUGCGCCUGUGCUGCUCAGGUCCAGGCUUUAGCCAUAGCCCAGAGACCUGCCAGAGAAAGUUAAAGGAAGGCUGUUUUAUUGCUGCUCCAGAUGAGCCAGUGGGAAGCUGUGAGCAGCAGCCCAACAGAAAAUGAGAGGCUGGCCUCUGCCGUCUCACACUGAUGAUGUAACAGCAAGUUAUUAUCUCUCCAGCUCCUCCGCUGGAACAAAAUGUGUUAGCGUCUUUGUGAGCUGGGUGACAGUACCUUUCUGCUUCUGGGCUAAAAUUAGUCUUUGAUAAAUAUUUUAUAUUAUAAAGUCUAAUGUUACUUUUACAUCAAGUAUCACUGCAAUGACACUCAAGAUGAAACUCAACAAAAAUCAGAUUGUUCAGGACUCAGGCUCCAAUCAGACUCAGGUCCAAAAUUUCAGGACUCCACUCGGUCUGUAGCAUCAAGGACUCUGGCUCGGACUCAAACUAAACUAAAGCUUCCCCACAAAAGCCAGAAUACUACAAUUAGCAGCAGCUAAUUGUAACCAUUACAGCCUGCUUUACCACCACCUUCUGGACUGGAUGAAUACAAAAAAUUAUCAUCAGUUUUCAAACUUCUCAGCCAUACCAAAAGACAGCUGUUCUUUUUUUAUAAAAGGGGGCAGUCUCGUGCUUCGGCUUGAGAAACACUGCAGGAUUGGUGGGUCUCAGAGUGGGGAAGAACAGUUCUGUUGAGGAUUUUAUACAGACUUGAGAUAUAUUUAUAUAUCUCUUCAGAAAUGUUCUUGUAUAUGUCAGUAGAGCGACAUUAAACUGCACUUACAUUUCCGUGUACAAAAAUAAAAUCACUCAGCACACGGCACUCUGACAGAGUAUAUUUUAAAUGUUUUAAAGGCUUUGACAGACACAAUUAUCAGUUCUUGAAAUUCUGCUCCAUGUAGCAAGUUUGUGUAUCUUCUCUAAGCUAAUGUGUUGCCCUUUGAACGCACUGGCAAAAUGCACAGGUAACCAUACUUUGUACUGCCAGUCACAGUCUGCAUAACUUUCCAGGUAACUUUCUUCUUCUGCAAAUCUUUAAAAACAUUUUCCUUGUUGUAUUCAGAGCAGAUUCUGUGAUGACGUUGAAGUUUGUGCAUUUAUUUGCAACACUAAGAUGUGUUGUUGUUGAUUGUCCAUUAAAAUGAGAGGUCAACUCUGGACCAUGUUCUGUUAACAUUCCGUAAUCCAGCUAAAGGUGCCUGUCUUUGUGUUUCCACAGUGGUUUUAAGCUGUUGUUUUCUUCUCUCUCCUCUAUCAGAUGGAUACACCACAGAUGACAUUGAGUUUUAUUGGCAGGGAGGAAGUAAUGCCGGGUCGGUCACCGGCGUGGAGAAUAUAGAGCUGCCCCAGUUCUCCAUCAUAGACUACCAAACUCUCUCCAAGAAAGCUGUAUUUGCUACAGGUAAUAAAGUCACACAGAGACACUUCAAUCGGUAACACCUUAGAGUUGAGCAGUUAAAAAAAUCACCCUGUUUUCUAGGUUUGCAGCAAAAGUUAUAAAUCAUGUUUUGUGAGUAACCUUGGUUGAAUUUGGAAGAAUUAUUUCAAAAUGUUCAUGCUUGAGAUUUUCUUGAAGUCACACUUAAGUUCAGGGGCUGACUCUGAGGUCAGUCCGGCUCUGGUUAUUUUGAUGCUCUUGUAGACAAUUUGAUCCGGGUUAUAUCAAAUAAUCACCCUGUAAUGUCUGAAGUUAGCCUGCUUUAGUCCUGAAUCAUGCCCCGAUCACUUCAACCAUCCUGUUCUUUGUCCUCCAGGUUCUUAUCCUCGUCUGUCCCUAAGCUUUAAGCUGAAGAGGAACAUUGGUUACUUCAUCUUGCAAACCUACAUGCCCUCCACCCUUAUCACCAUCCUGUCUUGGGUCUCCUUCUGGAUUAAUUAUGAUGCUUCAGCUGCCAGAGUAGCUUUGGGUCAGUGCUGUUUGAAUUCUCUGACUGUUUAAUGGUGCGAGUGUUAGUCAUGCCUCUAAGUGGCCCGGCUGUGUAUGUUGAUGUCCUACUUUGGCUGAAGGACCAUGGAUGUAAUGGUCCACCUCUUCGGUCCUGUUUGGUGACUUUUAUGAGGAUUUUAUACAGACUUGAACAGCCAGAGUAAUCUUUACUGGAAUAACAUGCUGCAAGUUUAGAGAUGAUGCAAAUCUGCAAAAGAAAAAAACAUGCAUUUAAAAAAAAUGUGCUGAAAAUGAAAUAAAGUCAGACUAAUGUCAGCCUGUUCUUUAUUUAAGUAGAGAUCACCAGAGUCACUGACAUGCAUCACAUGAAGACCUCAAACAGAAACUGAUCAAAUGUGUGUUGAAAUGUAUCCAUCUGGACCAAAGAGGUGGACCAUCAAACCCACCUGAUCCCCCCCUCUCUUGUGUCACUCCAACACUAUACUGAUAACUUUCUGAUCUCUUAUCUUCAAUUCCUUCUCACAGGCAUAACCACGGUGCUGACCAUGACCACCAUUAAUACUCAUCUGAGAGAGACUCUACCCAAGAUCCCCUAUGUCAAAGCCAUCGACAUUUACCUGAUGGGCUGCUUCGUCUUUGUCUUCUUGGCCUUGCUGGAGUAUGCCUUUGUCAACUACAUCUUUUUUGGGCGAGGUCCACACCUGCAGAAGAAGGUGGCAGAGAAGGCUGCCAAGUCCAACAACGAGAACAAAAGCAGACUGGAGAGCAACAAAGUGCAGGUGGAGAGGGUUUUCAGUUCUUUCACUGCUACUAUCAUCUCUGAGAGUUAGCUAUCAGGCACUUUCACAACCCAUAUAAAUGAUGCAACCCAGCUCAGACCAAAGCCACUGCCUACAAAUCUGUGGUCUACAACAUUGUGAAACUCUACUGUUUACAGUGAUGCAACACAACUUACAGUGCAGAUACAGCAUCUGCUUUCUGUCUGUGAUAAUGAUGAUGAAAGCUUUGUCCCAAAUCAGGGGUAGUAUUUUUUGGAGGACUCAGUCUUUUUAGCCUGUGCAGACCGCGCAAGCUAGACUGAAAUGAGACGAUCUGGAGCUGUGCAACCUCAAAUCUGCACCAGGCCCCAUAACACAGGUCACAUAACCUGACUUUUGUAUUGCUAGUCAAUCCAAUGAGUGCAAGGAUAUUUGGACAUGUUGAAAUUUAUCCUUCAAAGCUCAGGAAAGGUUGGAUACAUGUGUCCUUUACAAAAGAGGCUUUGGCGUACAGCUGUGACACUUUUGGUCUUUAAAUUCCUGUUUCAAAGAGUGCAGCCCCUAAAUUGAGACACAGCGUUAGUUUCUUCAGGCCACAGGUGUGUCUGUCUGAGACAGUGCCAGGCUGAGCUGCAAAAACACCCAAAGUGAAGAGUGAAAAGGCAGCUCAGCUGGUGAAGUCUGUCACCAUCUUGCGCAGCUGUGCAGAGCAUGAAUGUAUUCAUUACUGCUUUUAAACCUCACUGGUAUGACACCAUAAUUUCUCAAAGUCGUUACUUUCUUUAGCCGUCUUUCUGCAGGUCGUCCCCUCUCUGAGUCUUUUGCUGCCCAGCCUAAGAAUAAAUCAUUUCCUUGGGAGAUGUGAGGAGUGAUAGCCAGAGCCCAGAGGCCCAUGAUUUGCAAUGCUACUGGCUGGCCUGAACUCCAAUCUGGGCAGAGCGCCUAAUCAACCCCUGAGCUCAGUAAGACAGCAGAGGAAAGCUGUGAAAAGUAAAGUUAGCAACAAAUCUCCCCAAAAAACAAAGUGCACAACUAUUGAGCAGAUUUACUGCCCUGCUGUAGGGUGCUGGAUCUUUGUCAAGUGACCCAGAUAACCUCUCAUUAACACACAGCGGGGUACAGACUGACAGUGAUUCAUAAGAGGGAAAAUGAACUUCUGCUUCAUAAUGGUUUCAGUGAAAAGGUGACAGGAAAACCAGAAUGUACUGAUUCUUGAGGAUAUCACUUAGAUCAUGAUUGAAAUAUGUCCAGGGAAUCUCACCUCAUGCUCGACCCUGAAAAUCAUCAAAGCCUGCUGAGGUCUUACCAGUGCUCCCAUUUAGAGAGUUACCAUGUUAAUGGCUACAGUGGUUACUUUGGUUACAAAUAAAAAUAAUCUGUGCUACAUUGACACAUUUUUCAGCAUGUUGCUUUCUUGAAAUCAGACAUUACAGGUUGCUUUGUUAGCAUCAUUCCUUUUGGACCACCUCUAUUUCUUGUCCACCACGCUCACUCCCUAGAGUCCUUCAUUAUCAUUCUGAUCACGUUUAACAAUGUGUGACGUCACUUUUUAGAAAAGCACCAGCUCUAAGGAGUCCAUGUCUUGUCAGGUCAGGGCUGUUUUGGACUACAUGGUGUUGAGCAGGUGGUUGUGCUGUUAGGGCUGGUGGGGUUACAUCUGCACACACAAAAGUCUUGAAUCUAGUUUUGACUUUGUGCCUAUUUGGUUGUUGGUCACAAAAUUAAUUGAACAUCUGAUGACCUCUUUCCUCAGGUCGAUGCUCAUGGAAACAUCCUGCUGACCAACCUCACCAGUGAGAUGGGUGGAGCAGACAUGAUGGGCACUCUCAAUGACCCCAGGGCUACCAUGUUCUCCUACGACAGCGCCAGCAUACAGUACCGUAAGCCAAUGACCAGUCGAGACCUGUACGGACGACCAGCCAUCGAUCGACCGAUGGGCCACAAGAAGGGCAGGUUGCGAAGGAGGGCCUCGCAGCUCAAAGUCAAGAUCCCGGACCUCACGGAUGUCAACGCCAUAGACAAGUGGUCUCGUGUGGUUUUUCCAAUCACAUUCACCUUCUUCAACCUCGUCUACUGGUUCUACUAUGUCCACUAGAGUGGUGACAGCAGCACUACUCACGAUGGGUUUGAGAAGCUACCUAAGUCUUGUACUGGGAUGACACUAGAGGAGCAUUCAGUCCAUUUUUACAAAUCCGGUUUUGGAAUGAGUAAAACUGGAUAACUUUUCAAUGUAAAUACAAUUGAAUAUAUAUAUAUAUAUAUAUAUAAAUAUAUAAAAAUAUAUAUAAUACAUACAGAGGUAUAAUUUAUUAAAAAUCACUUUUGCUGUACUCGUCCACACAAAAUAGAUAUAGAUAAAAUAUAAUACAGAUUUUUAGACACAAGACACAGUAAAGGUUCACAGCUAUGUCCAAACUUGCCAAAAAGACUUUGGUGGCUCCAACUUUACUGGCAAUGGUCUUUGAUAUGGUCUUUCUUUUUCUUACCUUCUGUUAUCUCACUUUUUGCAUGUGAAUGAAAUACACAUUUUAUUUGCUUAUAGAUAAAAAGAGAGAGAGAGAGAGAGAGAGAGAGAGAGAGAGAGAGAGAGAAAAUGAACCCCAACACAAAACAAGUAGGUAACAAAAGCCGUUUUUACUAAACCUUGUGAUUAAAGCUCACUCAGCCAAUUAGCAUAAGCUGUAUGGUUGAAUUUCAUCGUAAUGAAGUGAUCUUUCUUUGGGUUAAGCUUGGGUAUGUACCAUUGUGCUGAAAUCCUUUUGCACUGCUAACCAAACUCAUUUUAUUUUUGUUUCUGUAAAAAGAAAAAAGACGAAGAAAAGCUUUGCAUGGCACUCUGGACCACUCUGUAUUAUAUUCAUUCUACUGUACGCUUUGGAACAAUCAUUGCAUUUAAGGUUAGUACAAGGCCGCUUCAAUUGGAAAUCCACACUUCUUUCCUUGAAAACAAAUUAGUUCAAAUUUAUACCUGCGAUUUUCUCACAUUUGUGACACUGUACAAUGUAAAAAUCCUUGAAAAGAAAUCAGGUAAAGACUGACCAAUGAUGUCACCACAUGUCUAAAAAUCACAUUAACUAUUUCAAGCCCUGAUAAAACACGCUGCGGAUGCUGGGAUGCCUGGUGGUUCAGGCAGUUUUGGAAGAGAUUUGUCUGAAAACAUGAAACUAUUCUUUCCUCCGCAUUGAGCUGCUUCCAUCUGAAUUCAUGGUUUAACUACAGGGUGAACAUGAGGUCAAAGAGACACUUACUUAUUUCUACAAAGAUUACCUUUCAGGACGAUGAACCAGCUCCAGUUCAAAUUUGUUCCAGGGUUCAAACUGGUGUUAAGGAUUUUAAGUCUUAUUAACAACAGUUAGCAUAGCACAAUGUUAGGAUUAGCCAGUCUGAUAAUCAAUAAUCAUACAACAGACUUGUGUUUUGUUUGUUUGUUUGUUUGUUUUGUUGUUUCUUCUGUAGAGCUGCACAAAAUGUUCAUCAUCAACCCAGCCCAUCAUUUUCAGUCUCAGGGUUCUGUAUUUAGGGAUGCCCAACCCUUGCCACCUCAUUACCUCACCUUAUGUAUUCUCACAAUCAACGACUGAGAUAUGACAGCUGGAUUAGGGCUCCCAUAAUUCUCAAUGUGCAAUUUCAAAACCCCUUACCUGAGUGGCAACUCUGGGAUUGGGCAACGCUGUCCACUUAUGGUCGUAUAUACCUGGAUAAUACGGUAGAGGGAUGUUAUCUGCUCCCAUGUAUUCUCAGCCAGAUUUAAUCUGGCUUCAGCUUCCUGUGCAUGUAGUUCAUACAGUGUACUUCUGUACAGACAACAGGAAUAUCAGGAUUUAUCAGCUGAGCAGCUCUUUACAAGUACUUUCUGUGCCAAGCGUAUGGCGAGAUAAGAGAGCAAAACUGCAUCAUUUCAUUGAAUUAUUAAAACCAAAGAGUUGGUACAAUGAUUAUUUUCAUAAUCAAGACAUGACUGUUAAGUUUCAGUGUUGAAUGUCAAUACUAAAUGAAGGAAAACCUUUAUAAAGUGACGUAAAUGUUUGUUAGCUCAGCUUGUUUAAUACAUCACAUGAGAAUUACGCCAGAGAGAUACGAGAUUUGUCCGGUUCAUGACAUCACAGAGAGAGCUUGAAACAUGAAAAAGCAGCUUUAUUUAUGCUGUUCCUCAGACUCACACAAACACUUCAGCCUCCUCCUGCUCCUUCUCUCUCUGCUUUCCUCACUCCUCCUCCUGCUCCUUUCCCUGAUGUCUUCACAGAUUCCCCUCAAAGCUUCCCCUGUUGAGGUCAAAUUUAAACAUCAUGGACCAAACCAGUGAAGUAAAAAGCUUCCAUACCUGCAGUGACAUACUGAAAACAUUUGUGUGUUUAAAGAAAUGAUUUAUUUCCAACUUUUAACGUAAACAUAGCUUUACUUUUGAUCAGGAUGUAGGCGCCCUGCAGCGUUUUUAGCUUUUAUGCCAGUCGUGAUAAACUUUUAUUUUGUUCACUUUACACAAAAUACAGGAUUAAGUUUCAUGAAGAGUCAUCUUGUAUGAGAGCGACACAACAGAGAUUAAGAAUAUAAUAAUGAUUCGUAAUUUUGCCCCCUGACUGAGGGAUCUGUUGAUGCAUUUGCUAACUGAAGAUGCUACAUGCAAUGACGAUUGUCCAGCUGCAUUGGCAAAUAUUAAUUUUCUUAUUUAUUUGUUUGUUUGUUCAAUAGGAACAACGCAAAUUAGACAGUUUUACAAACAAGCUGGUGUAUCAUGGGACAGGGAUCAUAAAUUUUGAUCUGACACCAUUAUCGAGAGUCCUUAAUGAUUCAAGUUCUCGUCCAUCGAGUCUUCUCUAUUAUUUUCUUUUUAACUGUUAUAUUUAUACAGAUUUUUUUCUUUUUCUGGCUGUGACAUUCAAAUUUGAGAUUGACAUUGAAUUUCCCUACGGGGAUUAAUAAAGUUCGUCUUCUUCUUCUACUUAAACACAUCAUGAAGACAUACUAUCUACUUAAUAAUUCUCAGUUUUACCCGACCCUGUCAAUGAGCAAGACUGCUAAUUUUGCCGUCUUGUGAUAAUUUCAACACCAAAUCCAACACUGAACUACAAUUUUUAACUAACUGGACUUGCUCUAAAGUCUGGCUGUGUUUACCCAGACUCCUUUGGGUGAAGAAGAGGGGGGCAGCCCUACAGCAGAUGGAGUUGAUGAGUUGUUUUAACCUGCAGACAGUCAAAGGUUGUGCAUCUUAGCUUGAUUUGAUACACAGUCAUGUGUCUGGCAAUGGAGGUCAUGUUUCCCCUUACAAGAUAUUAUUUUGCAACUUAAAUUUCAUUUCACUUUAUCUUUUUCUCCAGCUUUGGUAAAAUGUAGCCACACUUUGGACCAUUUCACACCUUCAGCUGUCAUCGCAAGAAACUGACCACCGGAAGUCUUUUUCAUGCAGUUUAAUACUUGUUAGCUGUUGAAUAACUUUAUUAGACAGUCUAUUGCACCCCUGAUUUAAGGUGACUUUGCCCAACAUACAGUAUAGUUACAGGACCCACAAGACUUGAUCGGCUCAAAGCAACCGAUUUUCAGGUUUUGGGAUAUGACACAAUACAUUAGACUGUUUUUGUACAUUAGACUGGGAAAUUCAUCUUAGACUCAAGUACUAUUUAGUCAACUUUUAGGGUUCCUUUUUUAUCAUUUGGUUAGCAUAGAUAAAGGUUGCACAUGGAACAACAUGCAAACAAUAAAAAAUGUUUAAAAAUUAAAAUAAAGACUAAAUGAUAAAUAUUAUCCUCCAGGUUACAUGAAAUUAGAGGCAAAGGUCACAGAGCACCAUAGAGGAGUCAAAAAUGUUCACAUCCCGAAUUUUGCAUCAGCCAGCCUUUACCAAAAAUAUCAAUAUCUUGUGUUAAUUUUAUUUCAGUUUGCAGUAUUUCCCACAUUUUAGAGCCUUUUAUGAAAAAAGCUGCAGUUUCAUUCUUGCUACUAGCUGCCUCUGGUGCUUCUACCAAAUAACUGAUGAAAAAAAAUCCACGCUUAAUCGAUUGUUAUUGUUUUUGAAGCGUAUUUGCUGAUGUCAUUAGUAUGUCAUGUUUGAAUGCAGUUGGAAAUUCAAUAAUGUUACAGGUGUGGUAGGAAAAUAUAACAUUACACAGGCUCUCAGCACUGAUAUGUAUCUGAUAUGGUCCAUUCUUUCCUUCGUUUUCUCCAAAUGUAAUCAUGCUAUGGUUGCAACCAAGGUCUAAAAUGAUAGCUCUAAAUAAUCCCACAAUCCUCUGAUACUGUCGAGAGCAGCUGUGCACUGAAUUGCUGCCGCAGUAAUACCUGCUAUAUAGAAGUUGGCGCCACAUACAAACCACUCCUCUGAUUUGUUGAAAGUAACUUGAGCAACUUGUCAGCUCGGACAAAUGUGACCUGCUUGUCUUAUCAGGGCUUUGAAACAAAACAGGAAAACAAAAUAGGCUUCUCCAGGACACGGAAUAGUAGCCGUGUCCUCUCUCCUCAUGGCUGAAUAUUGUGCCUUUUACCAAGAAUCUCAAUAUUUUCACAGGGUUAAACUUAACUUCUAUCUAGCGAGUAGAAUUGAGAAGAAACCAUCUUGUACUUUUUUUAGAUUAAGGAGGAGCAGAGACAGAUGUGGACUCUUUAUGAUCCUUUCUGAGGCUCUACAUUACAGUUCCAUUAUCUAAGCGUAGAUUGUAGUAAGACAUUCCAGCAUUAUGAUGACAAUCUUUUGAAUUCAAUGCUGAAAAUAAUCUCCUGCAAAGUCUCCAUGAUGGCAGCGAUGCAGUUUCUGGACUGGGCGCAGAAAGGGGCGAACAAACCACUCUUACGGCUUUCUUCACAACAAAGGACCUGGAGUAGAUGGACACAUGAUUUCUGUGGACAGCCAGUACUUAAUGGAAGCCCUGAACACACAGUUUGGCCAGUGGCUGUGGAGAGGAGGGACAUGUGCUGGACUCUUAUUGUGUAAAAUUACUGUACAAUUUUUCUCUCAUGCUCUAUAUGUGCUCUCAAGUGGAAUGAGGAGUGGGUGUGUUUGCAUGUGUGUGUCUCUCUGCUCGCUUACAGGCCAACAUAAGACACUGUGCAGGACUGGUCGUGUGGAUGUCUGUGUAUGUGUGUGUGCGUGGGGGGGAGCCUAUGGAUGCGCGUGAACGGGAGGAAACAUAAAAUACAAAUUCUUUGUGUCAAAUUAUAGAGACCUCAAAGAAUUUAGAGUUUAAAUAAAAUUGCUGACAUCUCUACCAACAACAUGGAAAUGUGUCUUUUUGCUGUUUCAUCAGAAAAAAAGUCUUAGAAAUAUGAAUUUGACUAUGAAAGGUGAAGAUCUUGCUCAUGACCCUGAACAAGAUCAAGAUAUUUCAAGCCAAGGCUUGAUUUAUAAGUUCCUUGAAAUGGGUUUUACAUUUGAUAUCAAGAUACAAUGCUUCAAGAAACUUAUGAAGCCAUUUAACCUCAAUAAAACAAACUAAAUCUUUAAUUCUGGCUCUUAAUAACAAUUCUCUCUGCAAAGCUAUCCAUAACUGCGGUGUGCAGAGACCAUCUACAUAGCUGCAUAGCUCCAUGCUGAUACAACACAUAACACCACAUUGUUGCUGUUGGUCAGUUUGGCCCCCUGAACAAAUGCCAGGAGAAUCGGUAUGCAAGCAAGGCCACAGUUUGUUGCAGACAGGGUCAACUGUGUGUACACUUGAUCAAGAAAUUUUCAGCACUUUGUCAUCAGAAAGCCCUUUUGUUUUUACACUUUUUGCAGAUGCAACAUACAGUCACUGAGAUAUUUUUUAAAAUUUUUGCAUUUCAGUUUUUCAUGAUGUUAAUCACCAAAUGCCUCAGGUCAGCCUGCAGACACAGUGAUCAGUGCAGGGUUUGUUGUUUCAGCCCAGUCUGCCCCCUCAUCAGCAAAAACAGAGUAUUUGGAUCAGGUAAACAGAUCCUAUAGUCAGGUUGAGUAUGCAGGGACUGUCUACAAAGUGCAAUAUUGACAUAAGAAGCUGCAAAAAUGACCAACUUCACCAUUUUUAGGUGCAGAGUCAAUACCAUAUUCAUGCUGUCGCUUAUUUUGUGAAAUUAUGCUUCCACAUAAUUUAGGGAGGCCUUCUUACUCCCCCAACCUUCACCCCUAUGUGUUAAAGAGACAAACUCAAUACUCAGCUCUAACUUCUACCUAAAUUUAAUGAUAUUAAAGCAGCUGUACUGAAUGCUCUUGGGACGAUGAUGAUAUUAAGGGACAUUGCUUUGUCCACAGGGGGCGCCACAAACAGACAGUCCCUCAUUGGGGCUUUAAGUAGAAUAUUUUAGUACUUUUUAAACUCCUGCUUAUUUGUGUGUGAUGGUGUGAACAGAAGCAGAUUUCUCAUUAAUUGUAGCUCAAAUUUAUACAAAUAAUCAACUUAUAGAGGUCUAAAAAAGUUCAUUUUAACAAGUUUUCAGGGUCUUAACAGCUGUUGUCAGAAGACUUGUAUUUCAAUAAAAACAAAUUAAUUUAAAAAAAAAGAUUUUCUUCAGUGUGCAUAAAAAAUCUCAAUUCUUGUUAAACAGACUGGGCCUCAUUCCAGAGAGGAGAAAAUGCUCCAUUUUUAAACAGUUUUGCAAAACAGCUUCAAUUCAGGCCAGGGUGACUGACUCCUCCUGUUUUCUAUCCAGCUAAAUGCUGCAGACUGGAAGAGCAGUCUUCACAAAGACUGGAGGUCUGCAGGGAAAGUGUGCGAGCCCGAGGAGAUGCCAUUAGUCCAGUUAGCAUGUAUGCAGCUGACAGCAGCAGCAGCAGAGCUCAUUCUCAUGAUUAAUCUGGAGCGAAGACUGGUGCCAUUAGCACAUUUAGCUCCACUCUGUCUGUCUGUAGUUGUGCUUGUUCUCAUUAUCAGUCCUACAGCUGGCUGUUUAAUCGACUGAAGGGAUACAACCUAGACACAAAUAUCAUACCUAGACUGACCAAGAGCAUGCUGGGAACUCUCAGCCUCCUCU